GAUCAGGCUGCCCUGCCAACAGCAUCUCACCCCCCCCCCCCUCUAGCCCUCCUCAUCUCCUCAUCAUCAGCAUCUGUGGAUACAGAGCAGAGUGGGUGGGAUCACUUCCUGCAGAGAUGCUUCCCUGUUGCCUCCUCAUUGUGGCUGGCUGCUGUUGACAGGAUUGCUAGGGAAACAUCAGCUUCACAGAGGAGAGAGAGGGUGUGAAGGGACCGUUCUACGCUCGUCCUCUCCCAGCAUCAUGGCAUAGGCUUGCUGCAAAGUCCCGGAGCUCGCCCCACCAAGGAGAGGUGUCUCAGCCUGCGGGUAACGUGCUGAGAGCUCUCCUUGUUUUUCUUUUUGUUUUUCAGACUCUAUCUUUGCAGCACCGGGAUCAUCAUACGACAGUAGUGGAUGCCUUGCAGUUACAUUACAGCGAGGGAAGGGGGAGCAGAAGGACAAUCACGAAAAGGAUCUGCAAAAUGACUUCAAAAAACAAUAUAGCAGAUCCCAUGGAAUUGUCCUCUGUCUAGUUUUAUACCUCGUUUUCUUAACUGGACUUCAAUAGAAUCCAGCACUUUAUUUUCUCUGGGAUUAGUACAAGUCUUGUUUGUGUUUAUCGAGUUUUGGUUGUGUAUCACAGAAGGUGGAAGGGAGGAAGGGUGGGUUGGAGGGAACGUGAAACUUUCACCUCCUUGUUUAUCACAGGACAUCAUGGCAUGGCCCUGUAUUACCAGAGCCUGCUGCAUAGCACGCUUCUGGAACCAACUCGAUAAGGGUGACAUUGCAGUGCCUCUAGUUUUCAGCAAGUACUCAGAGGUUACAGACGGCAUUCAACAGCAUCAAACAUACCUGCAACAACCUCAAGCUCGUCCAAGUUCAACUGCCAUUGAAGUACAACUAUCAUUAGUAGAGGCAGAUCAUGGGGGACAUGCUGGGUCCACAAGAGACUUACCCCAACAGCAUGGGCCUUCUCAUGUCAAGGAGCAGUCAGGCUCCAUAAUGCGCCAGGAUUAUAAACCCUGGAACAUCAAGCCGGAGCCCAGCUGCAAACCCAAAAGUGAGUACCAUCCUUCUGACACCCCCUUUGAGCAGGAGACUCAAUACAAGAAGGAUUUCAAACCUUGGCCCAUCCCUCGUCGUGGAGACCAUCCUUGGAUCCAUAAACCCUCGCCGGGCCUCACUGCCCCAACAGCUUCCAGUCAGGCCAAGAGGAAGAAGGAACCAGUCGCACAACCAGAGAAACGGCUAGCGGAGCCGACGAAUGUGGAAGACACAGAAAAAACGGUGCACAAAGUCAAAGCGUCAGUGUCAUUUAGCAAAGAAAAAGAUAAAGUAUCGAGCGCUAAAGAUACCCCAGAAAAGAAGGUGAGAGAGAAGUCUCCCGCUGGAAAGCCUACUGUGGAUGGAAUGAGACAUAGGGAUGCAUCGGACAUAUUCAACAGGCAGAUUAAAGAAGACUUGGGAACCAGCUCUUCAUACAGGUCAGAAAGAAACAAACUAACAAUUGACCAUAUUCUCUAGAAUUGUAUGAUCUGUUUGAAAUGUUUAUGGCUGCAAAAAAAAAACUACAAUAUAAAUAUCAAAUAUUAUAUAAUCAGCGUGUUUAAUAACACUUUAUUACCCGUGUUUAAUUAGUAAUACACAGUGCCUAGAUUCUGUGGUUAUCCUUGAUAAAACAAAUAUAAUACCUGGUCAUCUCAUCUGUGUUUACACGGAUAAACCCGGGACAGACAGUAGGCCUGCGUGGGGCCUGUCUGGAGUAAACUCCCCGAUACAGCUAUUAGCAUUGGCCAGACUGAAUCCAAUGCUGACAUAAAACACAUCUGACGAUAUUGUAGAAAUGGACAGUUUUCAGGUGUAGUGACAUUGAUGAGUCAUGCAAUAAGGAUCCCUGUGGUUUUAUCUGGUAAACAAGCUAGCUGUGGUAUUGUAUUGUCAUUCUACGCGGUGGAGAAACUAGGAGUUUGCAAUAAUCUGAAAACAUUAUUGGACAUAAGUUUCUGCUUUCAUUAGUAAUUUUAGACUUUUUAUGUAUGGGAUAAUAAAACCUACUGGAUCUCUUUCACCCUCCCCCCCUAUUUAUGUCAUGGUAUUCGAUAUAUGCAAUACAUGUGCGGUAUAUGGUGGGGGCAGGUGUGUGAAUGCACAAUAUGUCUUUCUGAAUUAGUUGUGAAACUUGCAGAGAUGCAGCGGGUAGAACUUCCAGGAGUCCACAAUUAUAACGGGCCUCUGCUCUAGGCCGUGCAGGAAAUCUUGUUAGGACACAAUAUCCCUUUACCAGACCCUCAGAAUUCCUUGUUUUGAUGCUUAUAAUGAUCUUUUGUGUUAGAUACUUUGUAACACAUUUGUAGGGACACGCUAUGUAAAUUUCAUGUUACAACCAACCUUGGACCUUCAUCAGGACUAUAGGCACAGUAUGCACCAGGCAUUGACAUAAGCUCACAUGAAAAAUAUUUGAUUGUUGCGUGCACUGGUUUAACUUUCAUGAUUUGCAGUUUCCCUGUUGUUUUUUACACCCGAUAUCUGCUCUUGGAUAAGCUCCUAAUCUUGUGAAGUCCUCAGAUAGAUGUCAGAAUGUUGUUGAUGUCAGAUUAAGAAAGGAUUGUUAGUAAAUCUAUAACUGCCUGAACCAAAUCAUAAUACAUAGCACUGAGAUACAAAGCAGAUUGCCUGAUACCGUACUGUGUCAUUUUUUAAUAAAAUAUAGAUUGUAGCCUAAUUUCUCUAAUUUGACUAUAUCCGCAUAUCAUGAUUGUGCAAAAUUAUAUUGAACAUUGUACGUGACACGUCCACUGGGAAUAAGUGGUUUCAAAAUAAAUCUCUAAUUUGCUAACACACUUUGAAAUGAAAAAUCACAACCUAGAUUUCUGUUGUUUAUAACCCAUUGAGUUAUCUCUUGUCACUGGUUAAAAUGCUUUCUUUAUACCAAGCUGUGAUAGCAUGCUUCGUAAUGAUCCUUAGUCCUUUAUACGGCAGCUCAGUUACCGGUGAUUUGACAGAUAUAGUGAAUAUCUAGUGCUUUCAUGCAGUAUGCAAGAUGUGGUGCAUCCAGUGAAUGAAUCAGCUUUUCUAAGAGAAAAUGUACAUAUGGUUUUUUAUUUAUUUUAUUUUUAAUUAUGACUAUGGCCACUAGGAGUAGAGAAAUGUCACUCCUUUGCAGUUAGAGACUAGGCAAGCCAUUGGUUCUCUGAGUCGGAGCUUCCUCUGCGUGGAUACGGUGGGUUAAACUGAACACCCACCCUUCCCCCUUUGAUUUUUAUUACAUUUUAGGUACUGCAUAGUAGUGAUCUCUUGCCAGCAUUAAAUCCUCCUCCCCUAACACACUCCUCUUCUCCUCCUUGGCAUCUGGGGAUGCAGAGAGCAGGUGGGUGGGGUCCGGUCCUUCCAGAAAUGCUUUACAUUGCCCUUCAGAUGAAGGCUGGAUGCUGGUGGCCACAUUAUUAACAGAAAUUUGCAUUUAUAUAGAAGAUACGAGGCAUGGGAAGACAGAUGUAAUCAGACCGAGCAUCACAUUUCAGCUACUUGUGGAAUCCACUGAUGCUGCUGGAAAAUCGAUCACAAGAGAGAAUACGAUACACCUUGUGAAUGUAAGGAGGCUGCAAACCUCUCUGCUGAAACGAGACUAGCGUUUUUUCAAAGAUUGGGAAUCAGAGAUUUCUGCACUCAUUAAGUCCGUCUUUCAGAAAGGUGGGUAUACCGAUUCCUUUCAUCCUUCUCAAGAAACCCAGACACAACAUUACGGCUGGAGAAAAUGGCUUGGCCUUGUGUUACAAGAGCAUGUUGUAUCGCCCGAUUUGGGAAUCAGCUAGAUAAGAGUGAUAUUUCUGUCCCUUUGAUGUACACAAAAUUUUCAGAGGCAACAGAUGGGGCACAGAUGAGCCAGCAGCAACAUGCACAUCAGCAGCCACCACGCCCUGGGUCUGCUACCAUAGAAACACAACCAUCGCUGGUGAAUGGAUAUUAUGGAGGCCAGCCAAGGUUGACCAGGGAAGGCUCAGUCAUGCAACAGGAUUACAAGCGCUGGAAGUACACCCCUGAACCUAGCUGCAAGCCAAAAAUUGAGUACCAACCUUCAGAGGCACCGCUGGAAAGAGAGACGCAGUACAAGAAAGAUUACAGGUCUUGGCCAAUUCCUCGCCAAGGUGACCACCCAUGGAUCCCAAAGCCCAUCCCUGGACCAUCAGUUCCAACUCAUUCCAGUGAAGAUAAAAAGAAGGAUGUGACUGGAAUCAACUUACCUCCACCUGAGAAGAAGACAAGUAAAGCCGAGCCUACUGACAGCUUAGAGCCAAAAGCAAUAAAAGAAAAAGCCUCCGUUGCAUUCAAUGUGGCCCCCGAAAUCCUAAUAUCUGUUGUAGAUGAGAAAAAAGCGACGCAGAAGGAUGAAACAUUAAUGGUCACACAGCAUCCCAAGAAAGCUUUAAAGGCUAAGGAGACCGUUAGUUCUCUUCAACAUCAAGUCAAUGGAGGAAAACCAGCCGGUUCUUCAUACAGGUCAGAUAAGGGGUUAAAUCAUGUUAAUAACAAGGAUUUGGGGUUAUAUUAUUAAACAGCAAAUUGGAAACUGUAUUUCAGGAACAUGCUGAGUAGGAGAAUCUCUGCAUUUUAAUUCUUCCUGCAAAAAUGUGGAAAAGUCAAUUCAUAAAUGUUUGCUCUAAAUUCAAAAUGCACUUAUGUUUACUGAAAUGUUUUAUGUGUGAAGGGUGUGUCUUCUUUUUUAUUUUACAAACAGUGCAGAUUUUUAAAAACAUUGGCACUUUUACAAUUUAUCCUUGGUACAUCCCCAUGGCUGUCAAUCAGACAACUGCUCCAUUUACUUCCUGGUUUGGUUAGCUCAGUGAAGAUAAACUCAAGAGACAGCAAUUGGCCAGAGCAGCUGCCUUUCAAAGACUUCUUAUUGAGCUGCAUUGGGAAGUCUGUGAUUGGACAGCUACAGAAAUUGUGGGCGGGGUUAGGAAAGUAGAGGUUAUACAAGCUUCAGACAAGAGAUCUGCAACUUUUGCAAGCUGUUUCCAUGUAUAUAUAUAUACCCUCGAUGAAAAAAAAGCACAAUUAAAUACAUGCAUGUGUUUAUGAUAUAUAUAUAUAUAUAUAUAUAUAUAUAUAUAUAUAUAUAUAUAUAUUUAUUUUUUUGGAAUUAGACUGUCCACUUAAUUCCUCCUCUAUUUAUCUUUCAGUAAAUAAAAACUUUUUAUAUAUGGAAUUUAUUUUUUGGGUGAAUGGCUGGAAUUAUGAGCCGGGGUGGGCAGAACUAUUCCAAAAUAUUUUAGGUGAGGGACACUUGGGAGGAGUAUUGCCGCUACUCUAAACAUUUUUAAAAAAAAUUCCAAGUCUUUCUUUUUCAAAUCUUUGUUUUGCAAAGCUCUAAAGAAAAAUGUCCAUAAUCCUGAGAAUAGUUUGACAACUGGAGAAUUUUUCUGUUAAUGUGUUAAACCUUGGGUGAUUAGACCCCAAUCAUAGAGUAAUGUGCCAAUAUUUCUCAAAAUCUUAAAAUCAAAUAUUUAAACAUUUUGCAAGUUGGGAAGAAAAGAAAGGCUUAAUCAUGUGACUAAAAGUCUCAUUUACAAAUAGAUUAUUUUUCAAUAUUCAUUUUUAUAUGGCUUUGCAUGUUGGCAUCACAAAACUGUUAAACAAGGGGAGCUUUUUAAUAUUUCGAUGCUACAAUAUAUUCCUUACAACUGUAAAUGACAUUUUACUCAUUGAUACUGGUUUUGUCUUGUGUUUGAAGAAGGAACACCCAUCUCUUUAUACAUGACCUUUAACCUGUUGGACCAAUUGCGUCGUAUGCCACUAAUGUUGAACAUUUGUCCUCAAUGUUUCUGAAGACUUACCGAGCAUUGUGGGAAAUAUAAUUGAGACACAUUAGACUUGCCAAGGUGAACCAAGACUGGUCCAUGUCUUCUUUACAAUCUGGUCCUUCAAAAAUAGCCAUUGGACAUGGAAAGUCACUUGUCAUGUUUCUCUGGCACAGGCGCUUGUGGGACUCAAUCCAACGUCUCCACCUUCAGUCUAUCAUGAUGACAGCUGAUCACUCAACAGUUAUAUCACACUUUCCCAUGACACCCUGCUCCAUGCUGGAAACAAAUAUCCUGUGAAUUAUUUACUGUUGCCUACAUGCAACUGUUUACACAUAUUCUUUUGUUAAAAAAUUAAAAUAAAAAAGACUCAUACCUAAGUAGCUGAAUUUCAAUGGGCAGAUUACGUUUUUUUAUAUAACCAUACAUCAGUCUCCACGUUGUGCACGGGCACCUGAGCUCAGUACACUGUCUAAGAUUAGUGGGAGUUACAGUCCAGGGCACCAGCUGCUGUUUGCAGUUACUGCUUUUAAUUUGGCAUCCAUGGUAUGCUGGGAGAGGAGCUGAGGAGACAUAGGUGAUGAGAUGCUGUCUCUCUUGGUUCUCUCCAGACGCGCCACUUCUGAAACAGGGGGCUGGAUUAAGCACAGAAGCCGCAAAUAAUAGCUGCUGUUUAGGUAUAAAACGGUAGAUAGCAUCAAGUAUAUACUGCUCUAUUGUCAGACGAAAUAUUACGUAAUGCUGGAACACGUGCUUGGGAAAAUAAUGUCUGCUUGGAGUUCUUUAGACAUUUAUCAACCCCUAAGUACAAUACAGUUCAGUUAUCUAUGCAACCAUUGUAAAUACAUGUGUGCAUUAUGUGUCCCCACCUCCACACUUGUUUAUCUCUUCCUACCCCAGUUUUUCUGCCUCUUUGUUCACUAUUUCUAUUUGACCUCCCCAGUUAUCUUUACCUCUGCCCCCCCGCUAUCUCGCUCAUUCCCAGGUAACAUAUAGCUCCAAUUACCUCUCCAUAGCUGUUCUCCAUAGCUGUUUGCAGGUAAAGUAUUCUGGCCCCCUAAGUUCAUACAGACAUCUGAUUUCCUGAUUCCUGGCUUUGUAAUAUGUUUUGGAGGUUAAAUUUAUGUGUACUGGUGACAGACUAGUGGCUUCAUGUUUAAUUGGCUUUCUGUAUGCUAAAAGGAUGAAUUCAAAACCAUUCAAAGACCUUCUUAGAAAGCAAGAUGACCUGGCGGACUUUGUCAGUUUUGUAGAUGUUAGAACAAGGAAGAAAACUAAAAUACAUGAAGGCCUUUAACGCACCUUGGUCCCGAGUUUAACUGAUUCUCCACUCGCUGAAGAACCUGGAUCCAAUAUGGAUGGUUUACCUGUUGCGCCAUGGAUGCAUGGCUGUAAUUUACAAUAUCUGUCUCCAGAGCAACAAGACGCUUUAUUGACUCAGAGUUUGCCCAUGAUAAUAACAAAUUAUUACGUAUUCAUUCUGUCCCUUUGGCUUCAGAGACAACUGAUGAUGAUGGGUCUUUGCCCCCAGGCACAAUACCAAAGAAAGACACAAUAAAUAACCGUUUUUGUAGAAAAAAAAGAUUAACAUUUCCACUCAGCUUCCUGUCCUGUAUUGGUUACGGCAUAUUAUAUUUAUCCACACACCCUCGUUGUCCACCUUGUCCACACAUACUCGUGUCUUAUGAGGGAAUUGCAGACAUGUCUGACAAAAUACUACCACUCCACGUAGCCAAUAUUGGUCCCAUUGUACUGCCACCCAGAGCCAUGCUACAUGACCAGGGUAUUCUGCAUGGAUGUCCUCACACCCUGCGUCAGUUAAAUUGAGGCAAUGCUUUUCUAUGGGUAAGGGUCUAAUGCGCUUGCAGCGCACGCCACGCAUGCGCAUUAGGUCUCCCCGUCCGAUGACAUCGGAGGAGGCACAGUGCCGACCUAGCGCCAAGGGACAUUGGUGCUGGAAUCAGGUAAGUAAAUAAUAGGUUGUUAACCCUUUAUAUACCAUGGUGGGUCACAAGGGAGGGGUCGUCCAGAGGGCACUAUAGUGUUAGGAAUACAGAUUUGUAGAAUUCCUUUAAUUUAAACCAUUGUGGAGAUUGAAAGGAUGAAGUCUAGAAGCCAGGUGUUGUUUUGUGCAUCUGAAGGGGUUAAAUUGUUUUUGUGCCCGCCAAACAUGUCUUGAGGUCUCACACAGUGGAGCUGUCAUUAUCAAUACGGCAUUUUAACAAAUAUCUACCCUCCCCCCAUUCAGGUCUCCAUUUAAUGAGCACGGCAGAUAACCAGAUUUAAUUUAUGGCAGAAGCUGUGUGUUUAAACGAGGAGGGGCUUCGAGAACAAAGGACGAGGAGACAUAAAGCAGCAGGGAAGGGUGGUAGGCUGAUGGAGAUACAACAAUGUAGGAUCUCACGCUGUUUGACAGACACCAUGUCCUACUGAUACCUCCAUGGGGCAGGUGUGUCAGGGGGUUUGGUAAUGGCGUUUCUGUGUCUGGAGAGAAAGGCUUUGGCUAAUCUGAGCGAAGCUGAGAGCCGGCAGCUCCAAGCCUUGCUGAGAAGCCUAUUUCCCACCAGAGACUAAUGCUGCGGCAUUGCGGCUCCGAGGGACUGUUUGGCCAGUCACCCUUCUGUGUUUAUAGAGUGACACACGGGGUUAGUAAAUAAUCUCCCAAUUGCAGUGAAUUGAAAUCCAUACAAAAUAUUGUUUAAAAUUGCUGUGUUCAGUCGUAACUACAACCUAGCUGGGAAUUUUUUCCAAAUCAUUGACUUUUCAUUGAAUAAACCCCUAUGUGUAGGAAUAAUGCCGUCAGCUUCUCUUUAUAUGACAACCUCAGGCAGUUGCAUUAGCAACCAUUCAAGUCGUCUUCAAGAGAACUGGCACCCCACAACCUAGAGAACUUAAGCGGUCAUAGGAAUAAAUCCUAGCCCUCGUGGAUAGUAGAUAUAUCAUGGACUGUAACUCUCAUCACUCAUGAUGGCUAAGAUUGAUGGAAGUUACAGUACCAAGCAUCUUGCGUUAAGGUAACCCUUAAGGCCAGGUGCACCCCAACCUUUCAUAGUCCCACUUAAAGAGAAACGUACUUACUGUAUUUUAGCAUAACCUAAUAACUAUAAGUAAGCCAAUGGAUGUGCUAUUUUCUUUUUUAAUUCUUUAUAGUUUAGUUUAUUUUAAAUUACAAACUCCAGCAAACCUGAGAUGCAAAACAGAGUCCUUCAUAUGUGUUUGGUCUCAAGUUCCUAUGAUUCAAAGUCUAACAGGGAAUUUUGCGAGCUGUGGUCAUGGGAAAAAGAGAAGGAUGAUAAUUUAACUAGUUUUAAACCUUAAAAAACAAACAAACAUGAUAACGUGCAAUCCAACAGAGAACCUGCACGUUUCAGAUUGUGCUAGAGACACACACUAGAUAUUGCAGUUGUAAGCAGUUUAAUGACACAUACAAAGUAUCUCUGCUCUAUAUAUAGCAAGACCAUUUAUUAAAACGCAAUGAACAGCUAAAAUAAAGAGAAUGUAGCAUGACCACGCCGGAUAGAUAUAUGAGAUUGCCCCAAUUCACUAACGUGAGAAAUGUCAGAUAUUCCAAGUGAAUUUUAAAUUCAAGGCCAAACGUAGCAGGUAGCAAAGCUGACCUGAAGAAUUUUUUUAAGCUCUGCAAUUUUGGCCUCAAACAUGAAAAUCACUUGGUAUUCCCCAAAAAUUUAACUUUAGAGAUUAACCUUGCUACGUUACCUGCUGAUUAACAGGGAGCACGGCAAUGUGUCAUUGGAAAUGUCAUUGUAACCACAUCACAUCCUGUGAUAUUGUGUCUCCUGGCAUCACCUGCACAUGGGUACACAUGUAGGCCUCUCAACCUCCACGAUUUUGUCAGAACAGACCCUGUUUUAGGAUACAUCCUCCCAACUUUGUUUCUUGGUGUCCCGUUUUUGGGGACACAAGGGAACUGUCCACAGAAAGCAUACCAUAAGCACAUUAUUAGUCAGCUUCGUGAUAUGCUAAGGGCUAAGGGCUAAGGGCUGAAACUUCAUUCCCUGCAUGGUCUGCCCUCCGUGUGCAUGGAUAAUUGGCAGUAAGUCCGGGUAAUUCACUCCAGGUUGAUCUGCCACAGUUUGCCACUUCACGGGAUGCCAAUGUGGGGAUAUGCACAUACAUCAUAGGUAAGAACAGAUUCCACGUACAACCUUCCUGCAUGUGCGAGGUGCCAUGUCUGCUGAUCAGUUCCAUGCAAUCAUUGUCUGGCUUGGUAAUACCAGGACCGGGCAAACAGCAGAUCAGUAGAUAUUGUAGAACGUCAGGUGCCUUGAUGCUUUGUGAGCCUUUUGAAUUGUAAAGCAUAGUGGAAGUUGCACUAUCCACAGUUUUGCCAGUUUAGUUAUAGACUAUCCUUAUAUCUAAUUCCCUGGUUCAGCGUUGUGUUUGUUUUCCCCAUUCUGGUAUCCUUGACCCUUGGUUUGAUUGUAAUUAAUGCUAUUUAUCUAUUUAGGGGAAUUUCUCUCUACCUGGAGGUAUUCUCUGUUAAAGGACCACUAUAGUGCGAGGAAAACAAACUCGGUCUUUGGGUGCCCCUCACCCUCUAGGUCCCCCUCUAUAGUAUUAAGAAUAAAGCUAUGCAUUCCUGACAUAUAGUGUUCCUUUAAGGUAAGACGGGGGACAUCAUAACAACUUAAUUGAAAUGACGUUGUUGUGGUGCCGAAGGCUGUGCCAUUGUUACAUACAUGUUGACACAGUCUACAGCGAUUCGUGCUGCAGGGUCAGUGCCAUUUGGCACAAUCUCGGCUUACUGCAUACCAAUGUUCUCCCUCAGGUUAGGUGUUUUUAAUUGUCAGUAUGGGUGAUUAGGGAAAUACCUUUUUAAGUAACAGUAUAUUGUAAUUUGCAGUAAUAUAAACACUAUCUAAUACUAUUCAUUAUUGUAAAAAGUCUUGUAAAUCAUGGGUGUGGUGUCUGCGACAGUCUCAUGUCCUAUAAACACCAAUCAGCAAUAAUUGAAAGUCUCGUCCUUGACACUAGCUGCAGUCCAAUGAUAUAUAAAAUUCAAUCUCUGAUUAUACUCCCAUCUAUGGCGUUUAUUGGUUAUCAUUGGAUGGUACUGGUUACCGAGUGGGUGGCCACCUUCUCCAUUACAGUAAGUUUUUAAAUUCCUAGUUUUGCUGCUGUUAAUGCUGUUUGUAAAAGAGAGUGUUUGUGUUUCUCUCUGUGUGUGUGUACAUGAACGCAUUGUUGCAAGGCACACAUCUUCUUAACGACAUGCACUGAUGCACAUUCUGCCCUUUGGGAGUUUGGAAUCCAUUGGGCUUUCUCAGUCUGUCAGGUAUAAUUAGCAGUGAUAUGACAGAUGGUAGACCCCUAUUAAACCCUCUGUGUGGGAUUAUCAACUGGAAUCUCUGCCCGCGUUGAACACUUCACUUAGAAACCUCGCUGAGAUGUAGACUGUGGGUAAAGGGGACAUUUGAUUGCAGGGCCCUUACUACCUCUUACUACCUUUUUUUGUUCAAUUAACUUAUUUGUAUGUUUCGUAUGCUCAUUGUACAGAAAUUAUUAAUAAUAGUAAUUAAAAUAUAAAUAUAUAUAACUAUUAGAGAAGUACUGGAAAGCAUGAAGACAAUUAGAUCUAGCAAAGAAAAUGGUGCAAAAUAAUGUGAGGAUUUGAAAGUGACGCAAAGGAAACUUAAAAUGACCGGAAAGAUGAUUAUAAAAUGCAAUUAUUUAGUAUUGGAUGGAGAAUUCUGAGCCAUUCUGAAUGUUUCUGCUUUGGUUUCAUCCCAAUAAUCACUUGGAGAUUUGUUUUGGUCCAAACUGCAAUUCGUCCUUAUUUGGGCCAAUCAGGCGAUCAGAAGAAUUCCAAGUCGGAAUAUACCUGAAUCACAGAACAGCCCAGUCACUCAAUGGCCGAGCACACGUCCAUUUACACUGACAUGCUAAACUCUUCCAAAAAAAAACAUUGAUAGUUAGGAGACCAACACUAAAUAGUGAUUUUAUUCACCGAUCAAGUGAGAAGUGACCAAUAUAAGGAAAAAAGGAGGAUCGCUAAAUAAAAAUCUCUAUUUAUGUCGAAUUUAAUAAAUAGGUAAAUAUAAAAAUAUAGAUUUUUUUUCUCACUUGAUCUGUGAACUAAAUGGCGUGAAAAUGUUCUUAUCAAUAUAAUGAAAAAUAUACACAUUAUAUUAUAUAUAUAUAUAUAUAUAUAGCAGUACUCUAAUUGGUCCGUGUUCAUGCCAUUUUUGGUUCAUCUGAAUUGUGUCUAAAUCAGGUUUUCGGUAUUGAAAUUCUGCAGAUUCAAAACCGCCAUAUAUCGGCCUAUUUUCAGGAAAAAUCGUAAUACAAACCAAAUAUUCUUCCAAAAAACAAACAUGUCAUGGUGAGCUAUCAAUAUGUCCAGUUAUACAGUAUGUUAAUCUUGGAACAUGUCACUGGUCUCUCAAGACAAGUAAUAGUGAUAUUAUUUUACGUGCCUGAUAGUCCACCCAUUGUACAGCGCUACGGAAUUUGCUGGCGCUAUAUAAAUAAUAAAAUAAUAAUAGUAAGAGAAGUAAAUCUCUUCCAAUGUUGCAAUAUUUGAAGAAUGAAACCUCUAUAUCUGCAUAUUUAGAACAGCUCAGUGCACGGGGAGUUGGAUGUGUUACAGGUGUACACCGGAUACAUUUAGUAUCAGAGGAAUUUUCAGACAUGAAAGGUGAGCUGCAUUCUGUGCAGAAAGGGAAAGUAUUGUGCUAAAUGUAAAGACACCGUUACUUGAUAAGGCCAACGGAUUACACCACCGAGCUUUCACCUGGAACCGAUCCAGUCUAUAAAUAUCAAAACCAAACAUGUCAGAAUAGCAAUGAUGCAUAAAGUACAACAUGUACAGAAUUCAUAAUAUAAUAUUACAACGAUUCCAGAUAUGUCCUCAAUCUACUGAGAUAUAAAUAAGACAGCCAUGUUUAUUACAAUGAAACCCAACACAGUGUUUUUCAAACGGGGAUUUUACAACGAAAAGGAGAUUACAGAGCUCAUUAAUACAGCGAGUUGUGAAGAGUUCAGAGUGGAACUUUUUUUUUUUUUAUGACUUAUUUUUUGGCUUCAAAUUCUGUUGUGUUAAAUCAUGGGGUCUUUCUUUGUCACAACUAUAGAUUUUCAGGAGCAUUGGAGGGCUCAACAUUGAGAGCCAUUUUGCAUUUUUGCACAGGAAUAACAAUACAAAAGUGAUGGGUCUCUACCUAUUUAAUGGUAUUCAUUCGAUUUUCCAUUUUUUUUUCUACCUCUUUGGUAAAAAAAGGAAUAUACAAACAAGUGACAGGGCAAAAAUUGUGCAAAUUUAAAGCACGUGAUUAAUAAUGUGGAAUUGACCAUUUUAUAAAAAUAUCAACACUAUUUACUUCCAUGCAGUGAGAACCACUAUAGCAUAAAGGAAUACCACAGUGUUAGAAAUGCAAAUGUGUAUUCCUAAUGCUGUAGGACUCUAGUCCCCAUUUAGGCGACCGGUCCCCUGUUGCCAGAGUUAUAAAGGUGAGUUCACUUACCAUUUCUCGCAGAUCUACUCUGGGAAGCUCAUCGAGAUCCUUCCCAUGGGAGAGCAUUAGGAAACUAGGGUGCGUGCACUCUAUGAGACCAUCUGCUAGAUGGAAUGGAGUUUCACUCCACUAUUUUGGCCAUUGCACCUAUAGUGCCUAUCAGCGUGACAGCCAAUAGGAGCAGGUUAACCCUGCAAUGAAAACAUUGCUGUUCCUGCUGAAUGGCAGGGUUAAAACGAGAAGGUCUCCUAGAAAUGAUUGAAAAGAUGGACAGAGAAAUUUGGCGCCAAAAUAGGGACUGUCCCUCCUAAAUAUGGACACUUGGUACAUAUGGCUCCCUUUCCCAUGCACAAUGAAAGCUUCCUCAAAUAGAGUUGAAUUUGUUAACAAAUUUAACAAAGAGAUACCAUUUUGGUAUCUCGUAUUGCUCUUUCGAGGGGAGGAAGUUAUAUGUGAAACCAUGUUGGGAGCAGAAUUGUCGGACAUUUUGAACGUAAGGGAACAAAUAAUUGAGCUCUGAAAUAAUUUAAGUAUACGACUGAACUCCAUCUAAGUGGAAGAGUAUUGUUAAGAAAGCAGAAUUCCUUGGCUACAAAGAGAAGGAUACAUUGGUAAUACAACGUUUGUGGGACAGAAUAUAAGUGAGGACUAAGGGCCCGUUCACAUUUACCAAGGACACGGAGAAUGCAGGGAAAAAAAUACGAAGAGGGAAGAGAAAAUAGAAAGAGAAGAAGGAGAGGAGAGAUUGGAAAAUAAAGAGGAAAGAUAACUUAAAAAAGAGUCUGAUUGCAAAAAUGAAGUUAAACUUAAAGGACCACUAUAGUGCCAGGAAAACAUACUGGUUUUCCUGGCACUAUAGUGCCUUGAGGGUGCCCCCACCCUCAGGGUCCCCCUCCCGCCGGGCUGGAUGGCGAGGAAAGGAGUUAAACUUACCUUUAUUCCAGCACCGGGCGGGGAGCUCUCCGCCUCCUCUCCGCCUCCGAUCCUCCUUCUCUCCUCCUCUUUGGCUGAAUGCGCAUGCGCGGCAGGAGCUGCGCGUGCAUUCAGACGGUCUCAUAGGAAAGCAUUUACAAUGCUUUCCUAUGGACGCUUGCGUGUUCUCACUGUGAUUUUCACAGUGAGAAUCACGCAAGCGCCUCUAGUGGCUGUCUCUGAAACUGCUAUGUUUUAUAAAAAAAGGGGUUAAUCCUAGAGGGUCCUGGCACCCAGACCACUUCAUUAAGCUGAAGUGGUCUGGGUGCCUAGAGUGGUCCUUUAAGGGAAGCGUAAUUAUAAUUACCAUAUUAAAUAUAGAAAAAUAACCAAUAUUACCAACACGACUAUCACUGGAUCAAUACACAAACAGCUAUUUCCCCAUAAGACGUGCUGCGUAUUUCGGAGCAGGUCGUUGAAAUAAGAAGUGUUUUUCCACCUGGAGAUUCAAUUAAAGCAGAUACUGGGGUCUACUCUGGGGAUUUGUUAUCCGGGCGGACGGCUGAAGCUAGGGAUUGAUGAUGUGAAAUAAUGUCCUGAUCUCUGAAUUUGCGUUACAUCUAGCUGCUUUCAAUGAUGUGGUAAUAGUGUAUUUAGCAGUCCUAUCCCUCAGCGUAUGUGAUGGAAGAUGUUUGGGUCUUCACAUUCUGUGUACGAGAUCUACAAUGAGCAGAUGGGCAUGGUUGAUUGGAAGAAGCUCGGCAAACAGAUAUAGGUAAGUACACAAGUUGCCGGAGGACCAAUUCCAGUUUGCCAUAAAGCCAUAUAUUGCCCCACCUGGAUUGGCCCCCCCCAAAUCAAUAAGUUUAAGUUCAUAUGCCUCUAAUUGGUCAUCCAUGUCUUGCAGUUUGUCCACUAGACUAUUGUUCCUCAUGUGUGAAGCUCUUUGAGUUAAGUUGGAGAAUUGUGUGUCCAACAUCCGCUGCUUGUAUGGUGAAUGGGGCAUUCUCCUUAUCUUUGUCUACUUCUGGCCUUGCGUACCACAAUUCUUGCAUUAGAAAAGAGACUUUAUGAACCUUGCCAGCCUUUGUUUUUGUGACAUCCACAACAUAUCAACGGCGAUUAAAAAGAGAAAAUCAGCUAAAUGGGGGUUCAUUCAGUCACAGUUAGGUCUGUAUGGAUUGGAGAUCAGCAGCGUGUGUCCAUCCAGCUCAUCAGUCAGGCCAUGUCCCCAUGAUGGUAAUUUUUGGGAAUUUCAUAAACCUAAAAUUUGGUCUAAUAACCUGGGAAGCAAUGUGGAUUGUUUGCAAAGUGUUUGCGGAUAUCAAUUAUCACCGUUUUUGUUGUUGUAACCUUUCCUGUGCUAAUUUUUGAUUUUAAUAAUCAGCUGGCUGAUAUUCACUAGAAGAUUCCGCAGUUCUUGUAGAGGGUUAUAGGAGUUGGUAUCUGCUCUGUAAGAAGGAUUGGGGACAGGGCUCACUGUCAAUUGUGCCACGUCUUCCUAUUCCCAGCAUUAGACAGUCUGACUCCUCACCAAUUCCCCAGCCACUCUGAGUACAUGGGUAGCACCUGCUCCUGAGCCAUUAGUUCCGACUUUAAAGCAGUGACCCCUCCUGGGACAGGAGCCACGGCUCGCAUAUUUACAUGUCUAUCUAUUUCUAUCCAAUAAUUGCUCCUUCACUUUUCGUCUGUGAUCAUCUCUAUCUCCACAAUACUUUUGUCAUUAUUAAAUGUUCAUCUUUUACCGAUGAAUGCCAGGAUUUGUCGUGUAGACUGGCAUGAGCAGGGAUGUAUUUACCACAAGGCAAACAAGGCAUUUGCCUAGGACGGCACUUUCAGGGGGCGCCAAAAAAUGCCACCCCAAGCUCCCAGACAAAUGCCUUGCGUUCUUGGGCUGUCCACCUUACUGUGAGUGAGUGAGUGAGUGUAGCUGUCAGUGUGUGUCUGUGAGUGAGUGAGAGUGUGUGUGUCUUUCAGUGAGAAUGGGUGUGCCUGUGAGUGUAUGUCUGUAUGUGUAUGUCAUUUUAUGUGUAUCUGAGAGUGUGUGUCUGUCAGUGAAUACACCACUAGGCGUGAGCAAUUAGUGUUUGUGGAUUAUUGUCAUAAAGUGUAAAUCUUUUUGUAUAAUAUACUGAUGGCUCUGGGUCAGAACCAUCAACUCUGAGAGAGUCCAUUUAGCAAGGGAACCUAAGACAUCUCACUUGUGAGAUCAUAAGGUUCUGUACACUCAGUAACUGCUGACACAGAGAUAGAUCUCACUUAUAUUCGAUAAGAUAUCACAUUCCAAAUGUCGGUUUCACCAUUUGCAAAGUUCAGGAAGUUUUCUAAAUGUUAUAUGUUACUUUGAGUUGAAUUAAAUGUUUCUUAUGGAAUGAAAUCACUGGAAUAAAAUAACUAAAUGAGCCAUAGAUUGAAUAUAAAUGGAUGUAUUGCGGUAUUUCAGAGUACGGGGUCAUUUAACUUGGCCUGAGUAGGGACAAGCUGAGAUCACAAGUCACUGAGAGGAAUCCUAGCAGUAAGACAACAGUUCCUAGUGGAUGAUAUUCUUGGUCAUUACCAUAAUGCUGAAAUUGAUAUUCAGCGGAUUAGCUUGUAAUCCACUUUAAAUCCAUUCCAUAGGACUAUAUUAACAGGGAUCAAUGUCACAAUGAGAAAUGUAUCAGUUAUUAAUCCUACGCUUCCCGACGGCUCUCUGUGGAUUACUUUGUAAUUCUUCCAUAACUAUGUCAAAGUUACUGAGUAACUAAUAUAAAAGCACGGAUGUGGAAUUGAUAUCGCCUGAGACCUGGGACAUGCAGUUCCGGGCGCUGGACAGGAAGUCGUCGUCUUAUUAUUAUUUUAGCCCUGCUGUGGGCAAGGGCAGGGCUGCCUUGGGGGAAGUUGGUGCCAGGCAGGAGGUAUACCUCCGGCAGCUGUACCGGGAUGCCGUAACGUAGGCCAGGUGCAAUGCUCAGGAUUAACAGCCGAGGUGAUUCGGCGUGAUGUCGUAUCCCGCAGGGCAGAGACAGCAUAGAAUAGGCUGCUGCUGGUUAUUUGUGCUGUAUGUGAGUGUCAGAGAAUGGGUAGUUUGUUUGUGUGUGUGUGUGUGUGUGUGGGUCAGUGUGUGUGUCAAUACCCCUAUACAUAUAUGUGCCAUACCCCUACCCUGUUCCUCAUCUCUCAAUGCAUAGUAGUAUUUGUAUUACUUGUAUAUACUUUAUUUUAUUUAAUUUUGUUCUUAUUAUUAUUUAUUCUAUUUUUGUUUACUAGCCAGCAUACCAUUAUUAUUUUCUCUAUAUUACUAUGUAUAUAUCCAGGAGAUACUUCUGAUCUCAGAGCCCUGUCCGCACUGAGAAUAGCAGCAUCUAUUCUUUUUGUCUUUUGUAUAUUCUAGAAACUGGGGUUAAGCCCCUUGAGACCCCUGGAGUCUUUGCGGUACCUAAGACUUUGGGUUGAGCGCAUGGGAGUGUACCCUUUGUCUUAUCAUCUCUGUUCUUUCUGUAUGUCAAUGUGCUCUGUGUUUGUGUAUGGGUAUGGGUCAGUGAGCAGUGUGUGAGUGUCAGAGAAGGUGAAGUUUGCAUGUGUGUGGAUCAGUGUGUAUGUCAGUGUGCUGUGUGUUUGUGUAUGGGUCAGUUUGUCAGUGUUUGUGUGUAUCAAUGUAUCACAACCAUAUAAUUACAAAAUCAUACACGAGCCCAUUCAGAUCACAAACCGCGAGAACACACAUAUAACAUAUAGACAUUGCACAGACAUCACAUCCAGCCAGCACACACAUCCCAAACAGUCACCACACAGACAUCACAUACACAUCAAAUACAGCCAUCACACACAUCACAUACAGCCAGUGCACACAUAAGAUUCAACCAGGACAGCUGUCAUGCAGUUAGCACACACCACACUUUCACCAAGCAUUGCAAACAGCAAGCACACACUGCACACUCACAUGGCAUACAGCCAGCACUCACCGCACAUACAUGACACACAGCAAGCACACGCUAUGAAAAAGGGGAAGACUCUGGGAGGGCAGAGGGUAAAACACUCAGGAUAAUUUGCAAGACAAAGUUUUGCUAAAUUAAUCCAAGUAGCAAAAUUUAGGCAAAAAAAAGCCGUGUUAUGACUGUAGCAGAGAUAGAGAAUCUUUCUUCAUUCGCUGUUUUUUACUCCAUUUCUCCUUUCAGAUUUAUUUUGUGAGUAUUCCGAGUUCAGCAAAUAGCCCUGUCCAUGUCCAUUGGUCUCGGAAGGGGCCCCACAUGUUUUAAUUGAAUUUAUUUUGCAUCAGGACAAAUAGAUAAUCCAAAAAGUCCAAAUGUAUAUGCGAACAGCAUGGCCAGUCAAUGAUCUAUCGUUAUGUGACCACUUAAAACAAUACUGAAUUGUUAAAGGAAAACGUAAUGCGCCGUAGCAUUGUACGCUGUACAAUGGGUGGAUUAACAGACACGUAAUUGUAACAAGACAAGUUGGACACACAGGAACAGAGGGAUUGAGGCCCUGCUCAGUGAGUUUACAUGUUAGAGGGAGUGGGGUAUAGUGACACAGUAACAGAGGGAUUGAGGGCCCUGCUCAGUGAGUUUACAUGUUAGAGGGAGUGGGGUAUAGUGACACGGUAACAGAGGGAUUGAGGGCCUGCUCAGUGAGUUUACAUGCUAGAGGGAGUGGGGUAUAGUGACAGUAACAGGGGGAUUGAGGGCCUGCUCAGUGAGUUUACAUGUUAGAGGGAGUGGGGUAUAGUGACACAGUAACAGAGGGAUUGAGAGCCCUGCUCAGUGAGUUUACAUGCUAGAGGGAGUGGGGUAUAGUGACACAGUAACAGAGGGAUUGAGUGUCCUGCUCAGUGAGUUUACAUGUUAGAUGGAGUGGGGUAUAGUGACACAGUAACAGAGGGAUUGAGUGUCCUGCUCAGUGAGUUUACAUGUUAGAGGGUGUGGGGUAUAGUGACACAGUAACAGAGGGAUUGAGGGCCCUGCUCAGUGAGUUUACAUGUUAGAGGGAGUGGGGUAUAGUGACACAGUAACAGAGGGAUUGAGGGCCUGCUCAGUGAGUUUACAUGUUAGAGGGAGGGGGGUAUAGUGACACAGUAACAGAGGGAUUGAGGGGCCUGCUCAGUGAGUUUACAUGUUAGAGGGAGUGGGGUAUAGUGACACAGUAACAGAGGGAUUGAGGGCCCUGCUCAGUGAGUUUACAUGUUAGAGGGAGUGGGGGGUAGUGACACAGUAACAGAGGGAUUGAGGGCCCUGCUCAGUGAGUUUACAUGCUAGAGGGAGCGGGGUAUAGUGACACAGUAACAGAGGGAUUGAGGGGCCCUGCUCAGUGAGUUUACAUGUUAGAGGGAGUGGGGUAUAGUGACACAGUAACAGAGGGAUUGAGGGCCUACUCAGUGAGUUUACAUGUUAGAGGGAGUGGGGUAUAGUGACACAGUAACAGAGGGAUUGAGGGCCCUGCUCAGUGAGUUUACAUGUUAGAGGGAGUGGGGUAUAGUGACACAGUAACAGAGUGAUUGAGGGCCCUGCUCAGUGAGCUUACAUGUUAGAGGGAGUGGGGUAUAGUGACACAGUAACAGAGGGAUUGAGGCCCUGCUCAGUGAGUUUACAUGCUAGAGGGAGUGAGGUAUAGUGACACAGUAACAGAGGGAUUGAGGCCCUGCUCAUUGAGUUUACAUGUUAGAGGGAGUGGGGUAUAGUGACACAGUAACAGAGGGAUUGAGGGCCUGCUCAGUGAGCUUACAUGUUAGAAGGAGUGGGGUAUAGGUGACACAGUAACAGAGGGGUUGAGGGCCUGCUCACUGAGUUUACAUGUUAGAGGGAGUGGGGUAUAGUGACACAGUAACAGAGGGAUUGAGGGCCUGCUCAGUGAGUUUACAUGUUAGAGGGAGUGGGGUAUAGUGACACACAGUAACAGAGGGAUUGAGGGCCCUGCUCAGUGAGUUUACAUGUUAGAGGGAGUGGGGUAUAGUGACACACAGUAACAGAGGGAUUGAGGGUCCUGCUCAGUGAGUUUACAUGUUAGAGGGAGUGGGGGUAUAGUGACACAAUAACAGAGGGAUUGAGGUCCUGCUCAGUGAGUUUACAUGUUAGAGGGAGUGGGGUAUAGUGACAGUAACAGAGGGGUUGAGGCCCUGCUCAGUGAGUUUACAUGUUAGAGGGAGUGGGGUAUAGUGACACAGUAACAGAGGGAUUGACGGCCCUGCCCAGUGAGUUUACAUGUUAGAGGGAGUGGGGUAUAGUGACACAGUAACAGAGGGAUUGAGGGCCCUGCUCAGUGAGUUUACAUGUUAGAGGGAGUGGGGUGAAGUGACACAGUAACAGAGGAGUUGAGAGCCUGCUCAGUGAGUUUACAUGUUGGGGGUGGGGUAUAGUGACAGUGGCAGAGGGAUUGAGGGAGCCUGCUCAGUGAGUUUACAUGUUAGAGGGAGUGGGGUUAUAGUGACACAGUAACAGAGGGAUUGAGGGCCCUGCUCAGUGAGUUUACAUGUUAGAGGGAGUGGGGUAUAGUGACACAGUAACAGAGGGAUUGAGGCCCUGCUCAGUGAGGUUACAUGUUAGAGGGAGUGGGGUAUAGUGACACAGUAACAGAGGGAUUGAGGGUCCUGCUCAGUGAGUUUACAUGUUAGAGGGAGUGGGGUAUAGUGACACAGUAACAGAGGAGUUGAGGGCCUGCUCAGUGAGUUUACAUGUUAGAGGGAGUGGGGUAUAGUGACACAGUAACAGAGGGAUUGAGGGCCUGCUCAGUGAGUUUACAUGUUAGAAGGAGUGGGGUAUAGUGACACAGUAACAGAGGGAUUGAGGGCCCUGCUCAGUGAGUUUACAUGCUAGAGGGAGCGGGGUAUAGUGACACAGUAACAGAGGGAUUGAGGGGCCUGCUCAGUGAGUUUACAUGUUAGAGGGAGUGGGGUAUAGUGACACAGUAACAGAGGGAUUUAGGGCCUGCUCAGUGAGUUUACAUGUUAGAGGGAGUGUGGUAUAGUGACACAGUAACAGAGGGAUUGAGGGCCUGCUCAGUGAGUUUACAUGUUAGAGGGAGUGGGGGAUAGUGACACAGUAACAGAGGGAUUGAGGGCCUUCUCAGUGAGUUUACAUGUUAGAGGGAGUGGGGUAUAGUGACACAGUAACAGAGGGAUUGAGGGCCUGCUCAGUGAGUUUACAUGUUAGAGGGGGUGGGGUAUAGUGACACAGUAACAGAGGGAUUGAGGGCCCUGCUCAGUGAGUUUACAUGUUAGAGGGAGUGGGGUAUAUUGACACAGUAACAGAGGGAUUGAGGGCCCUGCUCAGUGAGGUUACAUGCUAGAGAGAGUGGGGUAUAGUGAUACAGUAACAGAGGGAUUGAGGGCUGUAGCGGAACGCCAAUAUUAAAUCCACGAAUUCCGCUGGUUCAGGAAGUAAUCCACAGUCAAGCGCUGAAACAACAAGGCAAUAUCCCCAACCUCCCAGUAACCGGACGAAACACAGUUCUGAGAGUCAACUGAAGUCCUUUAAUUCUGCUUCACAAUUUAUGCAAGGGGUUUCCUGAGUCCCCUCCCAGGGGCAUUCCUAGAGGGGACUACAUGGUGAACUUACAGUACAACACAUUUCUCCCAUCAGGCACUGCUGCACGAGAGGGAUCCUCCUCCUAGAAUAUGCCAUUAAGUGGAUUAUCCCCUCGUGCAGCAGAACCGACAAUUUAUACAAAAAUCCAUAACUUUGUGAAUAUACUGUUGAUUUGCACGAAUGGACGUUCGGUAGAUAGCUGGGGUCUGAGCGCAUCAUUCGUGAGAUUACCGCUCAGAUCCCAGCUAAAAUAACCAAACGCCGCACGAAAAACACAUUUAUUGAAAACCAUAUUGAAAAUACUGAUUGCCUUCCAGGGAAUGAAAUACCGAACGGCCUGGAACUCCCGAACGUCCUGGAGGCUCAGCGGUGUUCGUGCCGUCGAGUAGCCGUUUUUAGUACCAUGCGCUCGACGACCUAGCACCGCUGAGGGAACAAAGGAUCCAAGAUGGCCGACCGCCGCAUGGUCGGUAGUCGAACGACGGCCACCCAGGAGAGCCUCUAAUUACCGAUUGCAACAUUGUUGCAAUCGGUUAACUCGCGCCACACGCCUCUAAGUGUGUGGGCUAUUAGGGGUAGUGUUUUCGGUUGACGAACGGCCCUCCAAAGUGCCGUUCGUGAAACGAAAGGAAAACCCCAUACAAACAGCUAUCUGCAUUCGGCGGAUAGCAAAUACAGGCAAUUCAAUACAUUACAGUCAGCAUACAAUAUACGUAGUUAAACACAUAUCUCCCCAGACAUACAGGCAACCCUUAAAGGUACAGUCUCUGGUUAUAGUCCAAGUGGCUAUGUUAGAGGGAGUGGGGUAUAGUGACAGUAACAGAGUGAUUGAGGGCCCUGCUCAGUGAGUUUACAUGUUAGAGGGAGUGGGGUAUAGUGACAGUAACAGAGGGAUUGAGGGCCCUGCUCAGGGAGUUUAUAUGUUAGAGGGAGUGGGGUAUAGUGACAGUAACAGAGGGAUUGAGAGCCCUGCUCAGUGAGCUUACAUGCUAGAGGUAGUGGGGUAUAGUGAGACAGUAACAGAGGGAUUGAGGGCACUGCUCAGUGAGUUUACAUGUUAGAGGGAAUGGGGUAUAGUGACAGUAACAGAGGGAUUGAGGGUCCUGCUCAGUGAGUUUACAUGUUAGAGGGAGUGGGGUAUAGUAACACAGUAACAGAGGUAUUGAGGGCCCUGCUCAGUGAGUUUGCAUGUUAGAGGGAGUGGGGUAUAGUGAUACAGUAACAGAGGGAUUGAGGGCCCUGCUCAGUGAGGUUACAUGCUAGAGAGAGUGGGGUAGAGUGAUACAGUAACAGAGGGAUUGAGGGCCCUGCUCAGGGAAUUUACAUGUUAGAGGGAGUGGGGUAUAGUGACUGUAACGGAUCGCCUGGCACCCCGACUGGGUACCUCCGUUGAAGGAUGCUCCUAGCACUUCCUGAGGACUCCAAGCACUGCAGCAGACACCAAAACCACCGAACUGUAGGAGCAUGUGAAUACUCUCAAGCAUAUGAAUGUUGUAUACAGCCGAAUAGGAAAAACCAUGCGAAUAGGUUUACUCUCCUAGCAGUCAAACUGGAACAGCAUACAAUAAAUCCUUCCCCCAAUAAUGAGACGACACUUCACUUUGAGGGUUAAAACAGGAACUCCCUGUACUGUCACAUACAGUCUCUUUUAUUCCCAAUCCACAAGCAUAGUACAGCCCACAGGGCGUUACAAAACAACCAAUCACAUCACAGUUACAUCCCACAUAUUCCCUCCCCUUAUCCUGAGAGGAAACUCAAUUAUACAUACAGUUAAAACAUACUUUCUACCCAACUUUCCUAACUCCAAAACCAUACAUCACAUUCACAUAAAAUUACAUAUUCACAAUCAAUCCAUUCAGGGGAACAACAUAUUCAAAAAUGGCACAAAUCAGACAAGGGGUUCAAAAGUUAGUAAAAGUCCUUUGUGACUAAAUGGCUUGUAGCUUUCUAGCCCAAACCAGUUUCAGAGUCUUCUAUCCUGGGAGAUAAGUAAUUCAAUUAUCUCCCAGGAUGGUACAAAACUCCAUUAAGCACAUGGUUGCAAAGACACAAAACAAUUUAAAAUACAUAGAAGUCACAUUUACACAUAACACACGGAACAUUUUCCACAUAUCCCCAGAUAGCUGGGAUCUGAGUGCACAUUAUUAUUAGAUGAAUGGCACUCAGAUCACACAAAUAAACAUUUCUGCGGGGAAAUAAGCUGGUUUUAACCUGCAGGGGCCAUAGUCAAAGGGGCAAGUGAGCAGCCAGGCUUCUCCAGUUCACAGUGGCGAGUUGGUUUCGCCACACUUCUCCCCUUUACCAACUAGACUAACAGGGUAUCUGACCUCCUGCCGGUCAGUGCCCUGGUUAGUCCAACAACCCACCCACAAAACAGAAACAGCAGUACAGCCCACCCACAAUAACUGGUUACUACACCUGGGUAGAGGAGAACUUUGUCCAUGUCCAGGUGCCUCCCCACGACUGUGUGGGCAACUGUUAGGCUGCCUUGGUGGGUUGCUGAGUGGGCAGAGACCAGCGGUACUCUGCCCUGAUGCCAGUGCUACCACGGAAGUAGCCUGGUGGGAGCCUGGUUGUGGGAGGGAGAGACCGACUGUCUCCCCUCUGGAUACACCGCUCUGUGGCUGGGGAACAGGACCGACUGUCCCUAUCCCUUGUGCUGCAAGUGCAGAGACUACAGUCCCAUCUGCACUGUUGGGGGGUGUAACAUCUCCCCUUGCUGGGUUAGGCUGCCGCUGGAGAGAGGGUGUAACAAGCUCCCUCUCUCUGAACUGUCAAGCUGCACUGGGGAGGAGAGCGGGUAUCAGGCUCCCUCUCCCUGACACUCUCUGCUGGUGGAGAGGGGGCAGCUGUCUCCCCUUUCAUUAUUUUGUCCUGUGGUUGGGGUCUUGAGACUGGCGGUCUCUGCUUACCCGGGUUUCCCUCUGCGCUGGGGAGGAAGGGCCCGGCACCUUCAAACAAAUUUUUGCACUGCCGCUGGGGAGGAAGGACGGCACCUUCAGCUCCCUAGGGCACACACUGCCGCUGGGGAGGAAGGACGACACCUUCAGCUCCAUGGGACACACACUGCCGCUGGGGAGGAAGGACGACACCUUCAGCUCCCUGGGACACACACUGCCGCUGGGGAGGAAGGACGACACCUUCAGCUCCCUGGGACACACACUGCUGCUGGGGAGGAAGGAUGGUACCUUCAGCUCCCUGGGAAACACACUGCAGCUGGGGAGGAAGGACGACACCUUCAGCUCCCUGGGGUACACACACUACCGCUAGGGGAGGAAGUACUAGCCCCUUCAGCUCCCUGGACUGCAGCUGGGAGGAAGGACUGCACCUUCAGCUCCCUGGGAUACACACACUGCAGCUGGGAGGAAGGACUGCACCUUCGGCUCCCUGGGAUACACACUGCAGCUGGGGAGGAAGGGACUGCACCUUCAGCUCCCUGGGACUACACACUGCAGCUGGGGGAGGAAGGACUGCACCUUCAGCUCCCUGGGAUACACACUGCCGCUGGGGAGGAAGGACUGCACCUUCAGCUCCCUGGGACACACACUGCCGCUGGGGAGGAAGGACGACAACUUCAGCUCCCUGGGACUCCUUUUUGGCCAAAUCUACUAGAGAUUGCAGGUAUUCUCCUACUAGUUUCCUGGCGAGCUGCACGGCUCUCUCUGGGGGUUGGGUCCAAAGGUAGACAGCACCUCAUUAACCUCUCUGUCAAACUCCUCCUGAGUGUAGUCAUACGCCAUGCUUGCUCUGCUGAAGUUAGUUCUUUUGUAGAUAGGGUCGCUGUACGGGUACUAGCGUUGCCCUCAAUUUGUAAAUCACGAACUGUGUCUCCGAGCUGCUUUACCUCGCACUAGGACGCCAUCCCACCGCUGCCACCAAUGUAACGGAUCACCUGGCACCCCGACUGGGUACCUCCGUUGAAGGAUGCUCCUAGCACUUCCUGAGGACUCAAAGCACUGCAGCAGACACCAAAACCACCGAACCGUAGGAGCAUAUGAAUGCUCUCAAGCAUAUGAAUGCUGUAGACAGUUGAAUAGGAACCAUACGAAUAGGUUUACUCUAGCAGUCAAACUGGAACAGCAUACAAUAAAUCCUUCCCCCAAUAAUGAGACGACACUUCACUUUGAUGGUUAAAACAGGAACUCUCUGUACUGUCACAUACAGUCUCUUUUAUUCCCAAUCCACAAACAUGAGUACACAGCCCACCCAUAAAACAACCAAUCAUAUCACAGUUACAUCCCACAUAUUCCCUCUCCUUAUCCUGAGAGGAAACUCAAUUAUACAAACAGUUAAAACAUACUUUCUACCCAACUUUCAUAACUCCAAAACCAUACAUCACAUUCACAUAAAAUUACAUAUUCACAAUCAAUCCAUUCAGGGGAACAACAUAUUCAAAAAAUGGCACAAAUCAGACAAGGGGUUCAAAAGUUAGUAAAAAGUCCUUUGUGACUAAAUGAAGCAUGGCUUUCUGGCCCAAACCAGUUUUAGAGUCUUCUAUCCUGGAGAGUAAUUCAAUUAUCUCCCAGGAUAGACACAAGACUCCAUUAAGCACAUGGUUGCAAAAAGACACAAAACACUUUAAAAUACAUAAAGUCACAUUUACACAUACCACACAGACAUUUCACAUAUCCCCAGAUAGCUGGGAUCUGAGUGCACAUUAUUAGAUGAAUGGCACUCAGAUCACACAAAUAAGCCUUUCUGCAGGGGAAAUAAACGGUUUAACCUGCAGGGCUAUAGUCCAAAGGGAGCAGGCGAGCAACCAGGCUUCUCCAGUCUGCUGGUGGCGCAGGUUGGCUCGGCCACGGCCAGUGACAGUAAUAGAGGGAUUGAGAGCCCCUGCUCAGUGAGCUUACAUGCUAGAGGGAGUGGGGUAUAGUGACACAGUAACGGAGGGAUUGAGGGCCCUGCUCAGUGAGUUUACAUGUUAGAGGUAGUGGGGUAUAGUGACACAGUAACAGAGGGAUUGAGGGCCCUGCUCAGUGAGUUUUCAUGUUAGAGGGAGUGGGGUAUAGUGACACAGUAACAGAGGGAUUGAGGGCACUGCUCAGUGAUUUUACAUGUUAGAGGGAGUGGGGUAUAGUGACACAGUAACAGAGGGAUUGAGGCACUGCUCAAUGAGUUUACAUGUUAGAGGGAGUGGGGUAUAGUGACACAGUAACAGAGGGAUUGAGGGCACUGCUCAGUGAUUUUACAUGUUAGAGGGAGUGGGGUAUAGUGACACAGUAACAGAGGGAUUGAGGCACUGCUCAAUGAGUUUACAUGUUAGAGGGAGUGGGGUAUAGUAACACAGUAACAGAGGGAUUGAGGGCCCUGCUCAGUGAGGUUACAUGUUAGAGGGAGUGGGGUAUAGUGAUACAGUAACAGAGGGAUUGAGGGCCCUGCUCAGUGAGGUUACAUGCUAGAGAGAGUGGGGUAGAGUGAUACAGUAACAGAGGGAUUGAGGGCCCUGCUCAGGGAAUUUACAUGUUAGAGGGAGUGGGGUAUAGUGACAGUAACAGAGGGAUUGAGAGCCCUGCUCAGUGAGCUUACAUGCUAGAGGGAGUGGGGUAUAGUGACACAGUAACAGAAGGAUUGAGAGCCUUGCUCAGUGAGUUUACAUGUUAGAGGGAGUGGGGUAUAGUGACACAGUAACAGAGAGAUUGAGGGCCUGCUCAGUGAGUUUACAUGUGAGAGGGAGUGGGGUAUAGCGACAGUAACAGAGAGAUUGAGAGCCCGGCUGAGUGAGUUUACAUGUUAGAGGGAGUGGGGUAUAGUGACACAGUAACAGAGGGAUUGAGGGCCCUGCUCAGUGAGCUUACAUGUUAGAGGGAGUGGGGUAUAGUGACAGUAACAGAGGGAUUGAGGACCCUGCUCAGUGAGCUUACAUGCUAGAGGGAGUGGGGUAUAGUGACACAGUAACAGAGGGAUUGAGAGCCCUGCUCAGUGAGUUUACAUGUUAGAGGGAGUGUGGUAUAGUGACACAGUAACAGAGGGAUUGAGGGUCCUUCUCAGUAAGCUUACAUGUUAGAGGGAGUGGGGUAUAGUGACACAGUAACAGAGGGAUUGAGGGCCCUGCUCAGUGAGUUUACAUGUUAGAGGGAGUGGGGUAUAGUGACACAGUAACAGAGGGAUUGAGGGCCCUGCUCAGUGAGUUUACAUGUUAGAGGGAGUGGGGUAUAGUGACACAGUAACAGAAGGAUUGAGGGCCCUGCUCAGUGAGGUUACAUGUUAGAGGGAGUGGGGUAUAGUGACACAGUAACAGAGGGAUUGAGGGCCUCCUCAGUGAGUUCACAUGUUAGAGGGAGUUGGGUAUUGUGAUACAGUAACAGAGGGAUUGAGGGCCCUGCUCAGUGAGCUUACAUGUUAGAGGGAGUGGGGUAUAGUGACACAGUAACAGAGGGAUUGAGGGCCCUGCUCAGGGAGUUUACAUGUUAGAGGGGGUGGGGUAUAGUGACACAGUAACAGAGGGAUUGAGGGCCUGCUCAGUGAGUUUACAUGUUAGAGGGAGUGGGGUAUAGUGACACAGUAACAGAGGGAUUGAGGGCCUGCUCAGUGAGCUUACAUGUUAGAGGGAGUGGGGUAAAGUGACACAGUAACAGAGGGAUUGAGGGCCCUGCUCAGUGAGUUUACAUGUUAGAGGGAGUGGGGUAUAGACAGGCAACAGAGGGGACUGAGGGCCUGCUCAGUGAGUUUACAUGUUAGAGGGAGUGGGGUAUAGUGACACAGUAACAGAGGGAUUGAGGGCCUGCUCAGUGAGUUUACAUGUUAGAGGGAGUGGGGUAUAGUGACACAGUAACAGAGGGAUUGAGGGCCUGCUCAGUGAGUUUACAUGUUAGAGGGAGUGGGGUAUAGUGACACAUUAACAGAGGGAUUGAGGGCCUGCUCAGUGAGUUUACAUGUUAGAGGGAAUGGGGUAUAGUGACACAGUAACAGAGGGAUUGAGGGCCCUGCUCAGUGAGGUUACAUGUUAGAGGGAGUGGGGUAUAGUGACACAGUAACAGAGGGAUUGAGGGCCUGCUCAGUGAGUUUACAUGUUAGAGGGAGUGGGGUAUAGUGACACAGUAACAGAAGGAUUGAGGGCCCUGCUCAGUGAGGUUACAUGUUAGAGGGAGUGGGGUAUAGUGACACAGUAACAGAGGGACUGAGGGCCUGCUCAGUGAGUUUACAUGUUAGAGGGAGUUGGGUAUAGUGAUACAGUUACAGAGGGAUUGAGGGCCCUGCUCAGUGAGUGUACAUGCAGAGGGAGUGGGGUAAAGUGACACAAAAGGUAAGGGUAGGGGUAGAAAAGUAGGUCGCUAGAAAAGUAUUCACUGAGGGCUUAGUGGAUUUGUUGUUGUUUUUUUUACAGCUGCAGGAGAGGAAUCAGAGUGUGGGGAGGGAAAACUGUUAACAGUUUAAUUGAUAUGCUUUCCUGAAGAAAUUAGUUUUCAGUGAUUUUUUGAAAGAAUGGAGACUGGGUGAGAGUCUAAUGGAGAAGGGAAUGGAGCCCUAGAAAUGUCUUGAAGGCGAGCAUCAGAGGUGGGAGUACGGACAGAAGAUAGACGUAAUUCUUCGGCAGAGCGUAAGGACCUAGACGGGACAUACUUGUGUAUUAGGGAGGAUAGAUAGGUGGGAGCAGCAUUAUGUAGAGAUUUGUAAGCUAGUAUCAGGAUCUUAAAUUGAGUCCUUUAUCUAACAAGAAGCCAAUGUAGGGACGGAUAGAGGGGUGAGGCAUGGGAGGUGCGAGCGGACAGGAAGGUGAGCCUUGCCGCCGCAUUCAUUAUGGACUGUAACGGGGCAAGUCGGGAGCACGUAAGACCACUGAGAAGGGGAUUACAGUAGUCUAGGCAUGAGAGGGCAGCAGCACGGACCAGAACCUUAGCCGCAUUUGGUGUUAAAUAGGGGCUGAUGGGCGCUAUGUUUUUCAGAUGAAAUCAGCAGGAUUUGGCGAUCGACUGGAUAUAUGGAGUGAAAGAGAUCGGAGUCAAAGAGAACACCUAGGCAGCGAGCCUGCGAGGUAGAGGUGAUGGUAGUGCUGUUGACUUGGAGGGAGACAUAAACAGAAGUCGCAACAGAAGUUCUGUUCUGGACAAGUUGAGCUUAAGGAAGUGAGCAGCCAUCCAGUUGAAAAUAGCAGAGAGGCAGUCAGCAACACGAGUCAGGAGGGACAGAGAGAGACCAGGAAAGCACAGAUAGAUUUGCGUGUCAUCCAGAUAUAAAUGAUAAUGAAAACCAAAGGAGAUGAUUUACCCGAAGGUGCUGGUUUACCAAGGGAGGCAGUAUAGAUAACUGUAGGGGACUAAGGAGGGACCUUUGGGGAACUGGUGUUGGUACAUAGAGGGGUAGGGAAGAAGAGGCAGAGCCAGAGAAAGAAACACUGAAAGAGUGCUGGUAGAGGUAGGAGAGGCACCACGACAGAGCAGUAUCAUAUAGACUGAAAUAAUGGAGGAUACAAAAUAGCUGUAGAUGAUCAACAGUGUUAAAGGCAGCAGAAAGGUCAAGGAGAAUCAGGAUAGAAUAGUAACCAUGAGAUUUAGCAGCGAUUAGAUCAUUGGGUACUUUGGUCUCAGCUGUUUUGACAGAGUGAUGAGUGCGAAAUCCAGACUUUAGUGGGUCAAGCACAGAGUUGGAUUCAAGGAAGUCUGUCAAUCUCGCAUGCACAACUCUAUCAAGGAUCUUGGAGGCAAAUUGCAAUAGCGAGAUAGGGGUAUCAAGUUGGAGUCAAGGUUAGGCUUUUUCAGAAUCAGGGUUGCAUGUUUUAAGGGUGAAGAAAAUGAGAGAUUGAACCUUUUUAGUGAGUAGGAGAGCAAGGGAAGGAGACAGAGUGUGGAUGAGAUACGAGGAAAUAGAUUCGAAGAAACAGGUGGUGGGGUAAGAGGACUGGAGCAGAGCAGACUGUUUUCAAUCAAUAAACACAUUUAUAUGAAAAGGUUUGUAAGCGGAAGGGGUUUAACAGUUACCCUAGAAAACCUAUGUCAAUGUGUUAAUCUAGGCACAGUAACCAGUACAACUUAGUGUAUGAUUACAGUUUAUUACAUGACAACUUAUUGUAUUACAGCUUUGUUACGAAAUUGUGUGAACUAAGCAGAAAGGACUGAUAAUCACCCUGGUAUGGCUCUUCUCUUAGCAGAUACUAUCAGACCAAGUGCCCUAAAAUAAGACUACCCAGUCACCUAUCUGUGAAGGGUAUAUGCUCCAAGGAAGUCUGCCAACUCAGGCCAACUGAGUGGAACUAUUCCUCGAGCUGGAACUCAGCCUUGGUCAAACCUUUAACUGGGAGGCAAUUCUAGAACAUGUGUGGUCUCAGGGCGCUACUUUACCAGUUAGGGCGCUCAGGGACAGGCGAUCCAGGAAUACCUUUAUGUGGGGUUUACUGAUGUCUAAAAGUGUAUUUUGGGGGAUUUUCUGUCAAGACGUCCUGAUGUUUGGAGGUUGAUUAGAUUAGCUGUACUUGAUCAAAUUAUUUCCCAGAUCCAGAGGCGCCUGGAUGGGAUCUGCCAGGGGUCUGUAUAUAAUUUCGACUGAUGUUUGAGUGAUGUGGUAUAAAUCACCUAGCACUCUGUGGGAAAAGGAGAGACGCUUUGGUGGAGAUACUCUGGUUGAGUAUUAGAGUUCGCUGUAAGCUUCUUGUAUGAUUAACAUUUAUUAUAUUACAGAUUAUUGUGUUAUAGAUUAUCAUAUUACAGCUUACUGUAUUAUUACAGUUUAUUGUAUGAUUACAGCUCAUUGUAUUACAGCUUACUGUAUUAUUACAGUUUAAUGUAUGAUUACAGUUUACUGUAUGAUUGCAGCUUUUUUUUUCAAUCCAUUUUUUAUUGAGGUUAUGCAAGACACAAUCAAUAAAACACGAGAGCUGAGCAUUGACAUAUCAGAACAACGGGAAAUAUGAUAGAAAUACCUUGUUUUGAUUCUUUGUUGCAUAAAAGAUGAGUAAAACAAUAUUAAUACAAAGACUGAGAGGCACUGGACCAGAUUACACUGUGGUAUAAAAUAAUAAAAUACAAAUUCAAAAGAAAUGCAAAAUAAUCUGUGAGUUAAAUUGCUAAGUGGCAGGUAUAAAAAGACAAAUGGAUUAAUUCAAGGUGAUUAAACUAUGCUGCCAGUUCCCAAAUCCAGGCUUACCGAAACCCAGUGGGGGUAGAACACAGCCCUGUGGUACCAUCUUCCAGAGAGACACAAUCCAAUUUUCUCCAUGGUAUGGACUGGUAUUCUGUUUGAUGCAUGCUUGCAAUGAGGACGGCUUCUUAUAAACGGCCUGAGCGAGUAGGUCUCCAGUGUAAGAUAGGGGCUCUGUAUCAAGAGAUGCAGUAGAAGACUCCAGCUGCGUUGGACAAGCAGAUAAGAUGGGGUUCUGUCGCUGGUGCAUGGAUUGCUCAUGUUAUUUUUGAGCAGGCCAUGGUAUUUAGGAGCAGGUCAUGGUAUUUAGGAGCAGGCUGCAGUAUUUAGGAGCAAGCCAUGGUAUUUAGGAGCAGGUCAUGGUAUUUAGGAGCAGGUCAUGGUAUUUAGGAGCAAGCCAUGGUAUUUAGGAGCAGGUCAUGGUAUUUAGGAGCAAGCCAUGGUAUUUAGGAGCAAGCCAUGGUAUUUAGGAGCAAGCCAUGGUAUUUAGGAGCAGGCUGCGGUAUUUAGGAGCAGGCCAUGGUAGUUAGGAGCAGGUCAUGGUAUUUAGGAGCAGGCCAGCCCAGCUCCCCCCCUCCACCCCCAUGUAUGUGAUCUUGCUGUUUGUCGUGACUUGCUAACCUUUGUAGCAUAUUAUAAGGUCUGCCUGUAUACUAUACUUGAAAAUGGUAGUUCCAGAUCGAAACAUUAUCUAUACGAAUUAAGAUUACACAGGGACCUACACAUGGUGCCUGAUUGGGGCCCCCUCAUGGAGCCCUGAGCUCUGUUAUGCACAGGUCCCCCAACAAUCCUGAUUUCAGCAUGAGCUCUAUGAUUUUGGGGUCCUGUCCUGCAGAAAUGUCCUGUCCUGAAGAAAUCAGGGCUGUUGGGGGCCUGUGCAUCUGAGAAUAGCCACAUUCAAUUACUGCCUUAUAUUAGCCUGUCAAGUCGUUUCAUUUACAUUUUUAUUUUCACGAAUGAAACUAUAGAAUUAAAGGGAGGCCCAGGAUUAUGUAAUAUUAAACUAGAAUUCUGCAGUAUAAAUUUCUUUCUGAGGUACAGACCUCUCCAGUCCUCAUGAAUUAGCACCACUAAACUAAGCACAUGGACUUUUCAAGGAGGCAAGUGCCCAUUAUUACUCCCUUUCAGAUACACAAAUGAGCAAGACCCAUUCCUCUCUGCAACUCGUCCUGCGUAAGGAUACAGGUGUUUUGUAUAGAAUUUUAUUGUCAGCAAAAAUGUAAAGAAAAAUAUGUUUAAACCGUGAAAGAUUAGUUAUUUAUUGUUGUAUAUAUUGUUGUUGCCAGAAACACUAAUAAUGAAGCCGUGUUUUACGUAUAACCCAAUCUCUUCACAAUUUUUUAAUAAUUGAUUGACACUGCAGGGCUCAAUUGGGUGUAAAAUCAAUACAUGUAGUAAUUAUAAAAUGUUUCGUUCAGCCUCACUGCAUUAAAGUAAAACACAAAGUGCGACACGGUUUGAUUUUCUAAAUCUGUGUGCUGUGUUUUACAGGAAUGAGUUUAAGCCGUGGACUGAUGUGCGGCCUAUGAGGUCUCUCAGGACCAGAUCUUUGUACAAACCCCCAGAGGAGAAAGUUUCCCAUGAAACCAGCUACAACACAACAUUUAAAGGCGAAUGCAACCAGCCCGCAACAGGAGAUAACAAACUGGCAGAGCGCAGGAGGAUACGCAGCCUCUACAGUGAACCGCAUAAAGAAUCCUCAAAGGUGGGGCGCACGUUACAGUAUCUCCUACACAUAACGGGGAGAUGUAUCAAUGCAAAACAGCUGCCAGUCUGGGGGAAAGUGCUAAACAAUGAGCUAUCACCAUGGAAACCAAGAGAAUGUCUCUCAAUGUUUAGCACGUUGCACCCACAAUAAGCCCCUGUUGUGUCUUGAUAAAUUUACCCCAUAAUAUAUACAGGUUCGUGUCAAUUUUAGGCAGCUUUUAAAUGGAAUGAAUAAUGCAAUUUCUUUAAUACGUUUAAGAGCAGGACAGUGUUAACUAAGAUUUCAGCUGAAUAUUUGCUUUUUCUUCAAAUUAUCCAACAAACAUCCAUUGCUAAGAGAACCCUUUACAUUACUGGGAGUCCAUGGGAUCAGUUUCACAUGGUUAUUCGCUAACGUGGGAAUUGUCAGGUAUUUAAAGUAAAUGUAAAAUGUAAAGGGAACCUGUUAAUUUACCUGCCCCUCCAAUCCAGCUGACGUUAUGUCCUCACAGAGGUAGGUGUUUCACUUCUGUAAUACUUACCUCUGAUCUGCCUGAGCUCCACUUGGUCUCUUCCCCAAGCAGGGAAAUCCUCUGCAAUGCCAGCACACUGGCUACAUUAUCAGCAUGCUGCAUCUGAAAGUAGUGAUGUCAUUUUAAAGAGCAUUAAAAAAGCAGAUUUGCUGGAAAAUCUAUAGAAAGGAAUAAAAAAAGACUUUGUAAAAAUCGAUUCUAUGCUGAAGAAUUCAUUGGGAGAGCAGGGAAGUCCUCCCAUAGGCGGUAAUUAUGGUCGUCACACAUACUGUACUCUCUGUCGUACAGUAUGUGCACAAGCAGUGUUGGUUAGAGAGUUACUAUAGCAACCACAGCGCUAUGUGUAAGAAACAAAUACCAGUGGUAUAUCUAAUAGUGACAAUAAAGCUCUAAGACACCUGUGUGGUAUCCCCUAUACCAACAUUAAAAAUACAUAUGAUAGAAACACAAUAGGUGGAGCGAAUAGUAUACUUUCCUCUCUUUUAAUGAAUUCAGCAAUGCCGUGGAGACAGAGAGGUAUACAAAUAGUGCAGAUAACUCUAAAUCAUAAAUGGAAUCAUUACAUAUGCAAAAAUACACUCACAAGAGUAGAGCCAAUAUUGGACCUGACUCUGGUGUGUGACCUUAAGAUCUGUUUAGGGUGAUCCAAAUCCCUCUGUGGAUGGUCCUUCAAUCCGGUCUGGAUGCUUAAUCUCAAUACCUGUAGUAUGGAAAGUUCCCUCCAGUGGUAAACAGCAGAGAAUCCAGAUAGAUGAAAAAUGAAAAAUUUAUUGAAUACAGAUAAAACUAAAAAUUUAAACAAAAUCUAUUUAAAUAAAUAAAAUACUGCCAAAACGCAUUUCGCCUAAAGUGGCUUCCUCAGUUGGCUAGAUUAAUGUUUGUGAGUCCAUACAGUUCUUUAUAUGCUGUGCAUAAUCAAAAUUUGUGGUCUUUUUCAAGUGGAACGCAACUUGCGUUCCAUUCCUCCGUCGGUGUUAUACUUCCUGGUUCCGAUCACAUGGAACUUCAGCGUGGAUGGAAUGCAUCGUGCGUUCCAUUAGAGUGACGGCGCACAUCUAUUUCCAUCAUAUGGGCACUGUGUAUGUGUGGAACGCACUUUGCAUUCCACCAAAUGUAAAAUUAUUUGACAUGAGAGUCUCUCAAUUGGUGUAAUAGAAAAUGGUUUCUUGGAACACUAUACUUCUGUAUAUGGUUUAGUCCAUCAGGGUGAUACAUAUUUUUAACAAUUAGCUAGUAUAGUUGGAGAGAUAAAUAAGUGCAAAAUAGGUUGAUUGCAUACACAAUACCAUCAUUUUACAUAUUAAGAUAACAAUACAGCCACAUUAUAUUUAGUUCAUUAUGUAUAGUUACAAAAUUCUUUGUCUUUGAGUGCCCAUCUUUAAAGUGACAGUGCAAGCUUAGUUUGAAUUAUACUAAGUUAUGUGCAAUAUAGUGGUGAAUACACAUUUGAUGACAUGAUUUUGUGUGGCCUCCUAAUAUUGUCCCACUUCACACAAAAUCCUAAAAGGGAGGAACUUUCCAUACUACAGGUAUCCAGAUCAAGCAUCCAGACCAGAUAUCCAGACCAUCCACAGAGGGAUUUGGAUCACCCUAAACAGAUCUUCAGGUCACCUACACCAGAGUCAGGUCCAAUAUUGGCUCUACUCUUGUGAGUGUAUUCUUGCAUAUGUAAUUAUUCCAUUUAUAAUUUAGAGUUACCUGUGUGGUGUAUUACCAAACUCUAUAAAUUAUUAUGUACGCAUACACAUAUAAACUCUGGUCCGUCUACUUUAACAAAUAUUUAUUCAGAGACAAAACACCAACAACAUACAUAUAAUGACACACAAUCUAACUAACUAUACCAACAACAACAGCAACAACAACCUAACUAACAAUAACACCUACAUCUUAUAAAAUCACCAGAUCCCACUCACAGUUCACCAUGAUAGAAAUUAGGCCAUGUCUGUUUAAGGGUCUGCUCAGUAGCACAGCCAAGAAGGAACAGAGAGGUAUGGAGAUAGGGGGAAGUGGUUAUCUCUUUCCUGACUUGUAGAGGUAUUGAAUUACCCAAUUACCAUAUCAAAGGGUAAAGCUUAUCCCACUGUAAGAAAGGCAUAUAUGAGCUUGGUCACAUGACCCCAGGUCACCAUAUUAGUUUGAUGACAGAAUGUCACCACAACCUGCACUAUUUGUAUACCUCUCUGUCUCCACAGCAUUGCUGAAUUCAUUGAAAAGAGAGGAAACUAUUCGCUCCACCUACAGCGCUAUGUGUGACCACCAUAAUUACCACCUAUCCUGCUCUCCCAAUUAAUUCUUUAUCAUAGAAUCGAUUUUUACAUAGUUUUUUUUAUUUAUUCCUUUCUAUACAUUUUCUAGCAAAUCUGCUUUUUAAUGCUCUUUAUAAUGAACAUCAGUUGUACGUAGCAAGUUAGCUACCCUUCGAGUCAAAUUAGUUGAACUAAUAACAUAGCUGAAUUAAUUUAGCUAUUAUGGCAAAAAACAAGUGAUAGUCACAUUGGAUUCCAUUUUUGUACUUCAGUGAAUAUCCCUGUGAGUGUGAAUCUGAGAAUGAUCUGAUUGCCAUUUGUGAGCUGAGCAGAAGCAUUGCUUAGUUUAUCUUGGGAGUGGAAAGUUAAAAAGACACUCCAGACUGAAUCCAUUGUCCACUUUUAUAUAAAUUGUUGAGAUUGUGCUUAAAAACAAAAAAAGAACAAAGAAAGAAAUCAAUAAUUGUCCCCAGCAACCAAGGGGACAGCAUAUAAUAUUCUUCUGUCUUGAGAAGGGGGUAGCCGUUAACCAUAAAAUGUCUGAAUUGUUUGUUCUGUUGGUCAGAGCUGGUCCUACAAGUGGAUUUAUUUAACUCAAAAGGUCUACUCUAAAAUUGGCAACUAAAAAAGGCUUUGAGUUUCCAUUGGUCAGAUCACACUCUGCUUUGGAUAACGGCCCCUGAAACUGGCUACUAACUAACACAUAUUCUAGAAAUCUCUGGAGUAAAAUACACAUAUACAUUAAAACAGCAGGAUAAUACAUAUCCCUUUACCAGCAUUAGAAGACGCGGGAUCGCUGACCAGGUGGCAGGAUCUAGCGGUGGUUGUGGAGGACAAACAAACAAGGUCUCUUCAGGCAUCAUGGUGCCUUUGCUAAAUGAAUCAAGGUCAGAGACAAUAUAGGGGAAAGAAUGGAGAGAGGGGAAGAAACUGGGAGAGAAACAGAAAGAAUUAUGGGAAGGGAAUUGGGAGAGAAAAAGAGAAGAUACAGGGGAGUGAAUAAGGAGAGACCAGAGAGAGCACAGAUAGGGAAUGGGGAGAGCUGAAAAGCUGGAGAUUGGGACAUGAAAAGACUGGAGGCAUAGAGAGAGAACAAAAUGAUGUGGACAUAAAGAGAGACAUGGGGUAAGGGAGAAAGGACACAAAGAGAUGUAAAGCAGUCAAUGAGCAAGGAGAGAGAGACACAGGAGGUUGGAAGCAUUGCAGGAGCAUGACAGUUGAGUGAUACAGGGAAUAGUGUACAUGGUAUCUGAAACUUCAUAUCAGCAAUGGAGCUUUGGAUUUGUGAUAUUUGCUGUUGGAGGCUGCAGAGAAAUCAAAUAUUAAAAAUGGAAGGCAGAGGGAAGGUUCAUUUUGUAUUGCUGUAAUGAUUUUAGUGGUUGAGGAGGGACCACUAGUUGGUCUUUGGACUCAGUCAUCACAAUGUAUUUUUGCUGAAUAGAUUAUUUUCCUGCAGUGAUAUGGGAUCUGGAAACCUUAGUCUCAGCCAAUCCAAGGUUCUGAGAGCUGUAAUGGUCCAAUAAAACACGUCUACCGCCACAUGUUCCCAUAAACUUCCGCUGUGUCUCUCAUUCAUUUCAAUGCUUCCUGCUAGAUGUUUCAUAUCUUCCUAUUGGGGCAGAGAGGCAGUGCAGUGGUGCUAAUGCAAAAAAUAAUUGAAUUUGCAAAUUCUCAAAAAAAAAACAACAACCUAUAAAUUAAAAUAACAUGCGACUGACAUCAUGGUGCAAAUUCAGGCCAAUUCUCUACAUGACGCUUUAUGGAAAUAUUGUUGCUCGUUUUGUAAAAACCUCUUUUGCUUAUAUAAAGCUGCAAGGUUGAGUGUGGUUGGAUCUUGACAGAAAGUUACAGUUAUAAGUGAAUAAGAAUAGUAAAUGCAGAUUGUAAUUCUACAUGUUAUAUGGGCAGGAGGUGCAUUUGCCAAGAUGGAUCUUGCAAGUUUUAUUAAGUUUCUUUUUGGGUUCUUAUCUGCUGAUAUAUAGAAUUUACCACUCUGCGUAUAGACUCCUUAGAUCAUGGGCUUUUAACCUUGUUGUGUAUUACUCAAGUUAUGAAUAUGGUAGUAGCUUGUUGACCUAGUCUUCAAAUAAAAUAUGUAUGUUUUUUCCAUUCUUUAUUUUUUAAGUGCAGGGGUACACACAAAUAUUGGCACUUGACAUUUGAUUGAGAAACAUAAUAGGAAGAAACACAUUUAUAACAAGGGCAGUACAUGUCAUGAGAAGCUGCACAUUUUUAACUUUAAAACAGGAUAUAUAGUCAGGCAUUAUAGGUAUAGCAUUGCUACCUAAAGCUAGACGUUACAGAGUAGAUUAAGAGAAAAGAGGUAGCAAGAUAGGACAUGCUCAGUAGGAAAAAAAAUGGAACAUGCUUAGCUAAGUCAUCUAAGGAGUAGUUAUGGCAGCAAGCUGGAGUCACAGAGAAGGUCAUCCUAUGCCUUUUAGGGGCAUGUUGUGAACCUGGAUCAGCACAAUACUCAGCAAAUGGAAGGCCCCAGGUAUAGGUCUCAUGAACCUCGAAGGGGUGUGCUGGAAGGAAUUCAGCCCUGGCCUCAAGGUUCUCUCCUGUGAGGCAGCCACACGAGGCUUGGCAGCAUAAGAUCGCUGCUGUGGAGGUGAUUAAUGCACAGUCAGCUGGAUGUUGCACUGGCUCCGGCAUCUCCACCACAUGUGAAUGCAUCUCGGCCUAGAUGUGAGUGUCCUUCGGUGAGUGUACAGUGGGAAGUCCGGAGAUGGUGUGGUCCCAGGCUCCUGAGGGUCACUGCUUAGCUGUGGUGCUCUGCUGCUGCGCUCCAGUCGUUUCCAGAAUUUGGCAACGAUUUUAUUCAGCCGGGCUUCUACAUCGAGUAGCGCACCAUCGAGGUGAGGGAGACACGAGGCAUCUGCCAUGUUGAUCCAGCCUGAACAGCUGCGUUCCUUUUCUCUGCCAGGUCUCGGGAGCCUCUCAAGUAUGGACCGGGAACAUCCCCACUGGUCCAAGUGGCGGGGUUAUGGGGCUCAUUCACAAGAGUAUUAGCUUUUUGGCACCCCCAGGCCAGGAGAUCGGCCGCCACUCCUGCCAGGUGCGCACUACGCCCCAUCUGUCACGGCAAGAUGGGCUCGCUCCCAACAUAUCGCCAGCCAUUACUCGGUUUGUCUGGUCGGUCAGUGUGCUGGCACUUCAUUCAGUCCAACUCAAUUGGGUCAUAUUGUGGCCCAGAUUUGUGCCAUAUUGUGGAGGAGCUCUCCUGAAAUGCGGCCCUCCACCAUGACAGUCAGCCCACUGCCCCCAAAUAUAUUUUAAUAUUUAUACUUGAGGAACGUCUAAUUCUUCGUCAUGUAGAUUGGGCUAGUUUUGAAAAUCCAAUAAUAUUCUGCACUGCAUCCUGCAAUAGUCCUGUAUUUUAGCAUCUAAACUUAUUUUGCAAAACACAUUUAAAUAGAAACUUCCACAUAUCAUACAGGUUUCAACUGCUCUGGGGAAUGCACUGUAAUGUAAGCAAUAUAUCGUGGACUGUUGCGUGGGGACUAAUGCUUAUGUGCCCCCUCCUAUCACUCUCAGUAAAUGAAGCAUCUGGUCACAUUUUGAGUUCGUCCCAACUACUGCCAUAGACCGUAACAGACAGUGAGCAAACCAAGCUAAUGCCAUUUAUCUCACAUUGCCGUCUUUCGCAAAGUUCAAUCCGGUUUCAUUUUCAAAAGACGUGUGCAUUCAUUUUCAAUUGACUCACAAUUUGUCAGAAAUUUAAAUGUCAUAUGAAUGAAUCUUGAAAACAAACAAUGAACAAUCAGUUCUGUUUGUUUCGUGAUUCAGACUUACGUCCAUGGAUAAAUUGAUGAUUGAUGGUUAGGGGUUAAACACUAAUGUUGGACUAAGUACCUCCGUCAAACACUGUUUCCUAGUACCUGCGAGUACCAUAAGCACUGUACUGGAACACCAUGACCACUGUAAACACCACGAACCGCCGCAGCUUCGUUGGGGUUUUGCCGUACUCCACCCACCCUGGACACAAGACCAGGAUCCAGCUUCCAGUAGGUAGACCUCUGCUAGUCCAGAGAGCGUAGCAGGAACAGCUCUUAUAAGAGCUAGUGAUUAUACUCAGUGGAGUAUUGUGAUAUAGCAAUCACCCGAGUGAAUGUAGUUCUCCAAUCCCUCAAACAUGAGCCAAGAGUUCAUGAAGGGGUGUGGCGGAACCGGCCUCGCCACUGGACAUUGGGGAAGACUGAUUGCCAGCCUCAUGCCAUGUGACUAUGGCCCGUGAGAAGUAUUGCCCUUUAACAAACUGAUUUGAGGCUUAUGGACUUGUAUUUGACUGUGUAUGACCCUUUAAAAACUGUAUUUGGGCAUAAUGGAUUUUUAUUGUGCUCUUUCUGGCCCUUUGGGUGCUUUGGGAAAGGACCUGCAGUUUUGGCAUGGCACUUCGGAUGCAGCCAAGGUGCCGAAGUGGUAGAAGUGGCCGCCAUUAGAAAACCGAACAUGUGGUGGCAGCGGCCAUUUUGAUUCAUUCGAAUGCAGUCAGCGGUGUGUGCCGUCAAACUCAUGGAACUAAAAUCGGCUAAAUUCGACAGUUCAUUCGAUGGUUCAUUCGACAAUUCAACAAUUCGAGUGGUUGUCGUUCGUCUAUUUGAACUGACUUUGACAUGGGAAAUAGACCGGCCACACAGCCUGAUUCUCUGGAACUGUUUUGGGCAUGAAAAUGUGCUCGCGGUCGGUCAAAGGUGACUUAUAUCUAUCUCCCGAAUGGAUUAACGGAUUUGAAUGAUUUUUGGGUAUGUUUGUAUUUGAAAUAUGCUGAUUAAGAAUAUGUGACUUAUUGAUUUAUUAUUAUUGGAUGUAUAGUUUUAGAAUUAUGAAAGUUGAGUAAAAAGUAUGUUUUAAACUGUACGGCUAAUUGUGUUACCUCUCAGGCUAAGGGGAGGAGAUGUGUGGGAUGUAACCAGUGUGUGACUGGGUAAUUCAUAAUUGUCUGUGGGCGUCUCCCCUGCAUGGGAGAAUUGCAUAAAAACAGAGUGUGUGUCAUUAAAAACCUGAGUUCUACUUCACCCUCAAUUUGGAGUGCCGUCUCUUAUUGGGGGAAUCUGCUACAAGGGAUUGCUAUGAUAGUCAUAAUCUCUUGCUAUAAUCACUACUAAGGUCUUUUAAGAGCUUGUUCCUGUUUUGGUCGUUGAAGGAGUCUACAAUGGUUAUGGUGUCUGCUAGAGUGCUAGGAAGCGCUAGGAGCAUCUUUUAACGGAGGUAUCCAGUUGGGGUGCCAGGUGAUCCGUUACAAGGGGUAAACGAAUCUAAUUUUAAUGGGAGCCACACUUUGCCUUAUAUGACAAUCCUCACGCAAGGGGUGCACCCACAGGGACCUGAUUUGCAACUUCACAGACCAAUAUCAAUAAGGUUACAAGGCACGACAUUCCCCCAGACACAGCACACAAUCCCUCCUUUCUGCCUGGGAGAUAAUUAGAUCAGAUACUGUAUUAACCCAAUUAUCUCUAGGCAGAAAACACACACAUUUCUAUAAAGUCCCAAAAGUACCCCAAAACACAUAAUAUCCCCACAAAUGUUACAUCUCCCGAUAGCCCUGAUCUAGAUGACCAACAUAUCCAAAAAUCACCCAGAUAAGUUCAGGGGUUCAGGAAUUUUAUGGAAGUCACUUAUUUUACCGUCCCAUGCCCUAAACAGUUCCAGAGAAUCAGGGCUUGGGGUCGAUCUAGUUCGGUAGUUUGAAAACGAACAAACUACCGAACAGAGUCAAUAGUCUUACCCUGGAGAUUGUUCCCCUAAUCCAGACAAAUUAUCUCACCGAACAGUGCCCUUCUAAGUUGAAUAGAAACGAACGCACACGAUGAUUGUGGCCAGUCUAAGACACACCUCUGCAAUUAUCAUGCUGUCUAACCAGCAUCUUGAUAUGCCACACCUGUGAGGUGGAUGGAUUAUCUCGGCAAAGGAGAAGUGCUCACUAACACAGAUUUAGACAGAUUUGUGAACAAUAUUUGAGAGAAAUAGGCCUUUUGUGUACAUAGAAAAAGUCUUAGAUCUUUGAGUUCAGCUCAUGAAAAAUGGGGGCAAAAACAAAAGUGUUGCGUUUAUAAUUUUGUUCAGUGUAUGUGCCAUUUUUGUUUUUCUGAAUCAUUUUUCCCACAUGGAUGAAAUUUACCCAAACCGAAACUCUCCAUAUACAGAUCUACAUUUCAAUAUGACAUGUCGUGUUUUGUGAGUAUUGCUUGUUAACAGCAUUCUUUUUGUGGAUUUUCCAUUUAUGUUAAAAAUGAGAAGUCCAUUCUGAUUGUAGAACAGUCAAAAAUAAAUUUUAUGUAAACAGAUUCCAACAUAAAAACAAAAGUACACUAUGUAUUCCCCUGCAGUGUAAUGUACAGGUAAGUACAGAGUUAAAGAGCUUUCCGCAGAUCUCCACCAUUCACAUGUUCAGACUUCGGAGAUGUCCAUUAUGCAGAGCUACAGACUGAGGUGUCUCACGAUCUUAAGCCAAUCAGAGUGUUGUUGCGGGUUACCAAAGCAAUGCUCUGACUGGGGAUCGCAAGACUUACCAGGGAACCUGUAACGGACCGUUUUGCACACAAGGGGUAAAAACCGUUUAGGCGAUCAGCCCCCUUUCCAGAGAUACAGGCACAGCUACUGCAGAACACCAAACUCCCAAACUGGAUACAAAAUAGCACUCCAACUCCCGAACUGGAACCUCCCAAAUAGCUGCUAGCAGGCGAACAGGAAAAGCAGACAAUCAGCUUACACUCCUGGCAAUCAGUCUCUAACAGCAUACAGUGAAUCCCCCCAAGAACGAGACAAGGCUCCGUGUUGAGGGUCAAGCAGUGGUCUGUUUAAUGAGGGCUACCUGCCCAGCUUUUAUGCAGGUCUCCCACCUGGUGGACACUCCCCUAGGGGACCAAAUGGGAGACUGUGACAAGGGACAGACAAGUAUACAAAAAGGACACACAGUCACAGUAUAUUCCCACAAUGCAUCCUGGCUUCCUCCCCUCUGCCCUGGGAGAUAAUUGGGAAGUAACUCAACUAUCUCCCAAGACAAAGGCAAAACUCCAUUACACACGUGGGAACACAAAACCAGCAUAACACUUUAAAAUGCACAAAGUAACAUUUACUACAUAAACCAUAGACAUGCAACAUAUCCCCAGAUAGCUCAGGUCUGAGUGCACAUCACUAGGUGAAUGGCACUCAGACCACACGAAUACAGCUCAAUCGCCAUGGAGCCAAAGUCUUCACAGUCAGUUUCAUACGAAUGGGCUCCAUGGGAUACCCAUCUGGGGUAUAGGACAUUCACACAAAAAUACCGAACACCGGGUCAUUCGUGUGCUUUCACCGAACAAGAAGGGAGGUCGGCGGCUUCAGCGGUGUUCGCGCAAAACUGUGUCCGAUUUUAGUUCCAUAAAAAUAGAGGCGAACACCGCUGUUCAUUCGUAUGGUUUAAAAUGGCCGCGACCUCGUGUUCGGGAUACGAACGGCGGCCAUCCAGCGUUCAUCAAUUAAGCUGCGGUUAACCGCAGCUUCAGGGAGGUUAAUUGCCGGCACACUCCAGCUCCCAGGUGGUCCAGUCAUUCGUACGGUUGUUCGGUAGAUUGAAAUUACCGAACAACCGGCAGAAAAGCAUGAAUAUGGCUUUUCUGCAUGGAAAAAUUCAGUCUUUUAAAAGGGGGCCAUAGUCCAAAGGCAGCAGGCGAGCAACCAGGCUUCUCCAAUGCAAUGUGGCGAGAUUGGUCUCGUCACAGAACCAAACCACUGGAAAGAGAGAGUGCCCACUGGACAACCAAGGGAAUACAUAGGAUCACCAGGGAUAGACGGAGACCAUAAGACCACCAGGGAAUAGUUUUAAUUUAAAAAAAGAUAUUUAUGAACCCAUCUAUCGCGUGUCACAGCCCCUCCAUAUACCCUGUCACUGUCACGCACACCCUAUCAUCCUCACGCACACACUGUCACCCUCACAUGCACACACUUACACCACCACCCACACACAUUGUCACCCCAUACACAUACAUUAUCACCAUUCCCAAACACGUUCAGCCCCCACACACUGUCACCAUCGUCUGUAUAGGUAAAUGGAUUAAUUUAUUCUAGGAAAAAAAUGGAAAGGUUAUAUGUUUGCGCACUUAAGGAGAACCAAUCAAAUUAUGUAGCGUUCUUCCUAUUCUUGCAUCCAGAGAUGUACAGAACAGUUGUAUGCACAGCCCCCCAAAUGCUUCCGGCAGUCCGUUCUUUGGAAUGAUAAGGCAUAUGGAAUUCUCUUCUGUAUCUUCGGGUGGGCAAGAAACCUUUGUUACUCGAGAUGCAAUGCCCCAUAAGAUGGGUUUAAUGGACAUUCGAGGACUCUGUGUUGGGCACUUGGACCUAAUGCAGGAAUAUUGUCAAAGAUCUUGUAUAUUGUAUACGUUGUGUCCCCUUAGCCCUAGGAAAUCUCAUGCUUCUGGAGUCAUGAAUCUAGUGCUAGUUUUAUAAAACGAGUCAGAGCGACUAGCACGUUAUUAGACAUCUGACCUGAGUUAUAAAGACAGCGUUGACCAGCUGCUUGACAACCUGUUACCAAAACGUAAUUAACACAAACUGCAGUUCAGAGUCAGACAAUUAAUUAUCAGGGUCAUUCUUGUCUGGACUUGAUUUUUCCAGAUUUUAUUUUGUAUGUCCAUGCAUUAUGCAGAUAAUACAUAAAAAAAUAUGCAAAAAUAAAUAUAUAAAUAAGAAGGGGGUGUGUGAUUCUUUUUUUCACAGCAAUUUCUUAUGAAGCGUCUCAGCUCUGCAGAAACCAGGGAGCAAAUACAAAUUUUCAUCCAAUCAGUGGUCUCCCGUACAAACCUAUGUAGAUAGUCCAUUGUGUUCAGUAUUCCUGUAACCUUCAUCUAUAAACUAGAAGGUCUAAAAUAUUGCUUAUCAUUAUAGCGAAUAAAAAUCAAUCACUAUCUGAAGUGUUAAGGAUUGGCUGAAGGAACUAUAAAGUUAAAGGAAACAAAUUCUCCACUUUGUGGCCACCAGUAGUCAAAACAUGCAUGAGCCCAGCUCUCUAUACAAUAUGUACAUUGGGUUUCAAACGCUGGGAUACAGGGAUAAUCCUGAUACACUUGGAUACUGUGACCCUUGGACUAUUUUAACAUCGAGGACAGCAUGAUCAUUCUAUUUAUAUAACCAGACUGAGGUCGUUCUGUGACUUUGAAAUUGAGCUAUUAUAGGAGAGACAAUACCAAUAACAGUAUCUUGUACAGAUUCACUGGUUUGAUCAAUGGCAGAAAUAUUGCCAGCCUUUAAUUGGAAAUCUCUUCUAAAAUUAACAUGAUUUGAAAUUUAUGGCAUCUGAAUAUUUAUUUAUCUAGGGUCGGUGAUCUUUUUAGAUCUUAUGGGGGAAUUGGAACAGUAUCUGUUUUUACCUCAUUUGGGAAUAUUACUUUUACAAUCUGGUGUCAUUUUCGGAAGCCACAAUUCCAAAUAAAAUGCAAAAGGAUCUUCGCAAAUAUCCAUAAACAGAGAAUGCGACCGAUUUUAUUCAUCGAUUUUUAUCACAAAUACUUUAUUUCCGCUCCUUGGAUAAUAUUUCAUGUUGAAUAGUAUAAUAAUAUAUUGCAGGUUGUAUAUUUACGGCAUGGUCCAAUUGGCACAGUAUGAUUUCGCUAAGAUUCCGAAUCAUAGAUUUCCCAUAGAUGUCAAUAGAGAGAGUCUUGCUAUUACAAUAAGUGUUGUGAAAUCUUACUUUAAGACAGUGGUGCCCAAAAGGUAGAUCCCUAUAUGUUGUAGAACUACAACUCCCAUGAUGCUUUGCAUACAUUUAGAAUGACAAAGAAUCAUGGAAGCUGUAGUUUUAAAACAUCUGGGGAUUUACCUUUUGAGCGCCCUGCUCUAAGAGAAUCCAAGCUAUUGAGGUGGAUUUACUAAACAGGGUCACUUUUUUUUCUCACAAUGCUUAGUUAUAGUGAUAAAAAUAAAAUUUACUACUAUUGUUGUAUAUUGAACAAUGCUAGAAAAAAAUAGCCCCCACAGUUAAACCGCUCCACAUGAAGCACAGAAACGACAAUGCCAUUACCCAUUUAUUAGAUCGUGUUGAGGUUUUCCAGGUAAAAUAGCUAACUUUCUGGUGUUAGGCCAGAAAGUCAGAUGAUUGCCCAGCAAUUGCCCAGCAAAGCCUGAGUUGGCAUGCCCACCGCAAUUAAAAUAUAUCCAUUUAAUGCCCAACAGAGGAAUACAUAAUUUACUUCUCUUGUUCAUGGUGCUGAUAAGGCAAAAUUAGUUUCUUGUAAUACCCUUUUUUAUUGAACAGAAUUUUAGAAUGACAAGCUUUCAGGAGAAUUUCAUGAAAAAGGACAGUUCUCCUGAAAGUUUGUCAUCUUGUCAUUCACAAAUUCUGUUAGUGCAAUAAAAAAGGUAUCUAUUAUUUUACAUCUGCAUCACUGGACCAAUAAGGCUAAAAUCUCUACUCUCUCUAAAUAAUGGCUUGUUAGGGGCCUCGGAAUUGGGCCUUUAUACCUUUUUCUAGGAGAAUCAUUAAUAAGGAUAAACAGGGCUAUACAAUGGACACGAGGUCACGCAUUUACGCUGGAAGAAAGGAAAUUUCAUCUAAGGCAAAGAAAAGGUUUUUUUUACAGUAAGAGCAAUAAGGAUAUGGAAUUCUCUGCCUGAAGAAGUGGUUUUAUCCGAGUCCAUACAGAUGUUUAAACUGCAAUUGGAUAAAUACGUGCAAAAACAUAACAUACAGGGACAUAGUUUCUAAUUAGUGGGGAAAUAGCUGCUUGAUCCAAGGAGACAUCUGACUGCUAUUUUUUUUCUAGUUUGUUUCAAAAUUGGAAGAGCUUCAGACAGUUUUUUUUUGCCUUCUUUUGGAUCAACAGCAAAAACAUAUGUGAGGAAGGCUGAACUUGAUGGACGCAAGUCUCUUUUCAGCUAUGUAACUAUGUAAGUAAGGAUAAAAAAAUGACCAUGUACAAAAAAUACUCUACAGGGAAAAAAAUUGCCAUGAAACUAAUUUAGUUUCUCCAGCCAACAGAUUCAACAAUGAAAAAGCUCUUUAGUCAACAAAACUAAUAAUAUAUGUCCUCGUCAUCAAGAGCUUUCACCACACUUUGAUUAGUUGGUUUGUAAAGCCAGCACUUACACCAGAUAAAUAAAACAUAAUCUAUAAGUGGUGAGUUAAGAUAUGUAAGGCAAUCUUUGAGCUCUAAUAGUAAAUAGUAAAGUUCCGUAAAAAUUUGUUAUGGACAGCUUAUCUGAAUCAAAUCCACAACUGAACAGAAUAAUCCAUCCGGAAUUUACCUGUGAAGUCUUAUUCAAUGAAUACAACUCCCACAGUUACAUCCCAGCUGCAUUGAUUUGUCCAGUCUAACAAAUAGCCGGAUAAAGUCUAGUUAAUAGAACAUACUUGAAUUGUUUACUUCCUGACGUCAAGGACGUAAUCAAACCACUUCUUGACAUUCCUGCCAGGUCAUCUGUGAUGAUGUUAUUUUAGGAAAAGAAGCCCAGAAAAAAAGAUUGGAUCAUCCCCUGGCAAAAAAAGAGUGUAUGCUGUGUACGCAUAAUAUAAUUUCUCUCCAUGUCCUCCAUUUAUGGAAAGAGAGCUCUGGGAAUCACACUGACCAAUUGAUCAACCAUGGCCCUUUUUCAUGUACAUGUAUGAUAGCUUUAAAGGACAGCCAUUACUUGCAUACUCCUCUCUGAAAUGACAGAUACACUGAGAUUCAUCAGAUUCCCUAAUCAUCUUAUCACCCCAACAACCUCUACGAUAGAUAAUAUAGUCAUCGGCAGAGACCAUGUAUUUAAACCCUUAACACAUAUGGUAAUUUAAACUAGUAAGCUUUGUAAAUACAAAUUUAAAGAUUAGGAUGUAUAGUGUUGUCAUUACCUAGCCAUCUAUAGCUAAAUGAAAGCGGAUUAGAUUAACGAUCUAGUAAACACAAGAUGCGUUCGUUCUUGACUGAGUUAAGUUGAGCAAUGGUUUUAUUUGACAGUAAUGUUUAGAUUUCUUUUCUCAGAUCAAUUCUAAAUGUAUUAUGUUUCCUUGGGAAAAAUGUAAACGUAUCAGUACAAGUAGUGUAAUUCAAUCUCGGCUAAAACCUCCAUUAAUGCAGCAACAGUCUCCUAAAUGUUACAGUAAGUGUCUCUCGGGAAAUCUAAAGGAGUCACAUCCCUUUCAUUAACCAGAGAGACAACUCAGAGGAGUCUCAUGUCGAGCACUUUAACCAGAGCAUCUAGUCUAAUGUUGAUGCUAUAAAUGAAGACGAUAUUGGACAUUGCCUAUAGCGCUGCUGGUCAACUGGAUUCCACAUACAAUCUGGACUUUUUGUGUGAUUCCAUCCUGUUUGGAAAGCGUACAGUUAUUCUACAUUAUAUAUAUUAUUACACAGGAUACAACUGCUCCCCCAUCUCCUUGUGUGGCUGAUAUUUACCAGUGAGCAGGUCCCGUUCGUAUAUCGGCUGUGGACACAAUGAGCAGGUCCUGUUCGUAUCUCGGCUGUGGACACAGAAUGCUGUGCCAUUUAUACUGCCCACCCACCCACCCCAAAACAUUGAGUUUUCUAUUGCUUGCUCCAUAAUUUGGAAGAUGUGUUAGAGAACUUGUAAGUACAUUCUCCACCCUGCACAAAUAAAUAAUUAAAUAAAAAUGAAGCAAAGCUAAACUCUUGAUAAAAUAUCCUAUUUGUAGUGAGGUAGGCUUCGCUAGUAGACAGGUGCCUGUAGGUGAUACCCACUCUUCCUAUGGGCAAACCAGGCCCUGGUAAUGGGUAUGCAUGCGUUUGGUAGAUUGUUUACCAGCACAGUGAGUUCCAAUACUCCAAUACAGUGAUCUUUAAUAAAAUUAUCUUUAUCAAGCCUGAUAAAUCUAGACAACAAUCUUAAACAUUGUCCUCCUCUGGCGUUAAACAAAUAUAAAUUUUACUUACUGUCUGGUUAUUCACUAAAAUGUGAAUUUUUUUUUAUUUCUUUUUUAAAUCAAAGUGAAUUCAAAGUAGAGUUCAAAUUUUAGGAAAAUAUAGCUGACUUUUUCCAAUUCUGCAACUGCAACCAGACAGACAACUUGGAGGGGCUCCAUGCCAAGAAUUGACACAUUAGCCAGAUAGUCUAGUUUCCUAUUGACAAGGUAGAAGGGCUUUAGACAUUGCCUGUAAGACACUUAGUCAUCCGGGUCCCAGGUCCUAUAUGUCCUCUUUGUAUGAUCCUAAUGUAUCUAGGAAAUUACAGGUUAUUUUUUUAUCACAUCGAUCAUUUCACAGAAUACAGCUAUUCACGUUUCUAACAUUUUGUGUGGUCGACACCGAGGCUGGUAAAGGGGAAGGGGGCAUGUGGCUAGUUGCCCCCUGGUCCACUGCUAUGGAGAAGAUUAUGGGCUUCUAACUCAUAGCACAAUAUUAAACAUCAUUAAAUAUCAUGUAUCCAUAUUAUUUUAUUAUUAUUGUAUAGUAUAAAGCUUGUAUUUUAAAUGUAUUAAAGGUAGUUGAAUUUGCUGGUUUGGGCUCAAUGGGGGCUAUUCAUUUGUAGUCACAUUCCAGGUCAAAUUUAGCCAGCCCUCCCUGAUGGCAGAUUAAAAAGCAGAAGAACAGCUGCCUAUAUGACAUGCAGACAUCUAAACCUUGAUUAAAGACCCUUAUUCUAUGACAGAAUCCAUGAUAUCUAAGCUGUGUUAGUUGUUAUCCAUUGUAACAUGAUUGAGAAUACCUAGACAUCAUGAAUAGGACAUCACUUACAGAAGGAGUUCUUAAUUGGUCCUUUAAGUGGAAUAGUUUGAACUAUGUAUUUUUUUUUUGUAAAUAUACAAUAAAGUCAUUUUUACAUAGAUAAAUAAAAUUGUAUGUCACAGAUCAUCAAGAUAACAAAGAGCUAAGUGCACCUAAAUAGAAAAUAGAAGAUUUUUAUAGCUAGCUCCUCUUAGCAUAGGAUUUUUUAAAUGAUCUAAAAUGAUGAUAAAAAAAAGCUAACUGUAAUAUCCCCCACUUAUGUAGUAAAGGGGACAGAGGUACAUAUGUCAGUAAUGAUAAAUGCCAGUAAUAUUAAUAUAUUUUUGGGUAGAUGUUACUUAGACUCCAUCAUUCCUGUAAGGGUUUGAUGUCCAAGAAUUUACCAUUUUUACAUUUAUUAUGCAAAAGAGUGAUUUGUUGAUUUAGAUAAAACUGAAUUACUCCAGCAUUUUCCCUGGUCAUGUUAUUCUAAACUAUAUUUUUCCUCCUCUUCGUAUAUGUUCUCUCUGUCUGUGGUUCGUACGUAUAUAUGUACAGGUGGAGAAGCCAAGUGUUCAAACAUCCAGACCAAAAAAGACGCCCACAAGCCAUAAACCCGUGAAAAAGGCCAAAGAAAAGCAGAUCGUAUCUGGCCGGGCUUCCAAGAAGAAGACCUCUGAGACAACUCCAACCACAAAACCCGAGGACAAGGAGAAGAGUAAAGAGAUAAACAAUAAACUGGCCGAAGCUAAAGAGUAAAUUUCACAGCACUUAUUAUUGUUAUUUUUAACGAAGGCCACAAAAUACAUUAGAGACUUUUGAAUCUGCUCAUGCUUUGAUUUUAUUGUAGAUUAAUAUUUAUUUAUCCCUUAAACUAGAUACCAUCACUUAGAUAUCUACACUAUUGUUUUCAAACAUAAAAAAACAGAUGCAAACUAUGGUCCAAGGCUCUUUAUAAAAUGUUUUUAUUUGCUUCUGAAAUAGGAAAGGAACCUGAGAAAUUUGAAAGAACCAGAUAAAUGUUCUAGGUGCUACAAACCAGAAUGUAUCGCUCUAUAUGCCAAACUUGCCUCUUCUGAUGUUUUUAUCAUUUCACGUGUGAAAGCCAGUUUGGUGUAUAAUGUCCUAAGAAUCGAUUCGCAGUGAGGCGUGUUGUCAGUCUAGGUAUUGUGAGACUUGAUUCGAGAGAUUCUCCCCAGCAUGUAUCAGAUAAACAAUCCCCCAUAUUAACUUCUCAAAAAACCUCAGUAACCUUGGCACUGUACUGUGCUAAACUCUGACGAGGAGGUCUUUAGAAUCAGACUAAGUGUUGAAAAAAGACAGAGAAUAACAGUCAAUGAAAAAGAAAAUUUCCCCCAAAAAAUUCUCCACUGUCCAUGUCCAACGUAUGGCUUAAUAUUACUCUCUUAAUAAAAAGAAGACUCUCGACUGUUGGACCAGAAGGAUUACAUAAAAUAAAAAUGAAAUUGUAGAUUAGUAUCAUUCGAUUUUACCUUAACUAUAUAUUGAUAGGAAGUCCAACCAUUCCAAUAAAGAUCCAAUAACAUUCCAAUAAUUUUAUACCUGCACUUCUUAGUCAACCGUCAAGCCUUCUAUUACUCAACUGUACAAAUACUUUGAUCUUAGGUACGAUACAUUUUAUUGCAUAAAACAAAAUAAACCAGUACUGGCCUUGCUCAUUCUUUAUGAGCUUAUUUCUGACUUUAAGCAAGCUUUCUUCUAAAAUAAAUUAAUAUUCUUAGCUCAUGGCAGCACAUUGUGGAAUUUCUCGUUCCAAAACAUAUGAGGAUCCACAAGUUCUCCACGUAAAGCAGUCAGUAGAAACAUUCCUCCAGUUUCCAUGGUGAUUGCUAUACUUGUGCUAUAAGUUUGCCCCGAAAUUGUUCUCUAUAUGUAACAUCUAUAGUAAUGGAUAAAGGCAUGAUUUAUAAGAGAGCCAUCUUGACUUCACUCUUCUGUAGGUUUUAGGCAUCUGUGUCCUCAAUAUUUGAAUAAAUGCAACACAGAUUGUAAAGGGAAACUAUAUUUAUGCAUCUUAUCUCCAUUUUCUUGAUAAUUUGAAAAACUUUUCCUAAAGAACUGAAUUGAGGUCAAUAUCAGCUGACAAAUCGAAUAACGAACCUAAAGAAAUUAAGGAAAAUAUUUUUCAUGAGCUCCGUAGCCACAUGUGGGAAAUGAUCAUGAUUUCUGAUGGAAAUGUGUUAUGUUAGGGGAAGUAGCCUUUGGAUUUUCUCAGCUCAAAAUACAUUUGCACCCGAUCUAGUCUAUUAACAGAGAAAUAGUGGCCAGUGUAUUGAAAGACGACUUACCUUGCCUCGGUGUAAAGAUCCAGAACCUGUUUAAUCUCAUAGACAGGUUCCAUUUCCAGUAGGGUCAACUCAGCGGUUAAUCCUUCUGAAGUUAAUAAAAUUAGUACAUUUGCGUUUGGUAAUAAUAUUUUUCCUGGGCAUACGUUAAGCCAAGAGAAAAGCUAAAUGUGCCCUUCUGUUUAAACACUUUAAUUACAAAUAUUAUAACCAUGGGGGCUUUAGCUCAACAACAGCUGCUGCUUAGAGGAGUACAAACAUGUAUUCCUAACACUAUAGUGUUUAACUAUCUAGUUAGGUGACCGUCUCCCCUCCGAUCGCAUUCGAAAGGUGAUUUUAUUGCAGGGACAGGCUACAGACACCAGAACCACUGCAUUAUGCUGUAGUGGUUUUGGUGACGAUGGUGUCCCUUUAAACGUUUGCUAUUACAUCUGUAGGUCAUUUGACAGCACACACUGCCCUUAAUACCCAUGAGAAAAAUGAGCAAAGACACAGUAUCCCUUUGAAACUAUCACUAAAACAAAUCUUAGUCUCUGGCAAGUGAUAAACAGAUUUAAUAAUGAUAAACGAUCACCGAUAAGAUGUAGGCAGUAGUAGUACACAAUUCAGAAAAGGUAAAAAAAAUCCCAACAUAGAAAAAAAAAUAUUUAUAAGAUAAAACACAGAUAUUAAUAACUAUGUUUGUAUGUGUUGUGCAGCGGCGGCGUCAUCAUUUAACUCAUUAACGCAGCAGGCAGUGUCACAUGGAAUUACUUACCUCCAUGAAACACUAGGGUUAUGUAUAAAGAGCAAUUUGGGAGCAAAGAUCUAGAAGUGGAGCAGUCACCAUGGAAACACCAACCGCAUAUUGCUCCAUUUGUAGAUGUCUUGGAGAGCUGCUCUUUACAAUGACCCUCCUAGUACAUAAACCAGAAAAAUAUUACUUUAUUAAAAAAAGUUUUAGGUAGAAAUAUUUAUUUAUAAAAUUAGUUAACAAAUACAUUAAUUUAAGCCAGAUUUAAAAUAUAUAUAUAUAUUACAAAAAUAUGAACAAAAAUACAAAUGUGCGUCUUUAUUCAGUAAACGGUAAAUUUGGGGUGAAUUGGCAGCUGAAGUUUCAAACAUCAGCCUCGAUUUCAUAAUUUUAGAUACGUUGUUUAAAUUAUUUAUCUACAAAAAGUCUCAGAUUUUAAUAACGAGUUCUGUUAAAUAAUUUGAAAAGUUUUAUCUAAAAAAGAUUAAAUCAUUUGUAAAGCUUAUGCAAAAAUAUGAAAUCGAGGCCAUUUGCCUGAGGUCAACUGUUUUUCCAAUCCAAUUGCUUUACUGCUCAAUAAAGUUGUAAACUGACCCAAAUUCACUGUUUAGUGAAUGAACUUCUGACAAUAGAACAAUGGGAGAAUUCUAAGAUUCCUGUCACCAAGGGACGUACUGUGAAAACGCCCCUCAGACUGUAUGUGGUUGGCAUAGCAACUAUUGUACAUGGGGAAAAGUAAUCCGUAGGGAACACUCUCUAUUGUGUGGCGUGUAUUGUUCAACCCGGCAAAAGCAGAUUUGCAUUUAAGUCUUAAGCUGAGAAUGUGGCAGUGUAUUUCUAAGCUUAGUUGUAUGAAAAUGAUGUGCGUUAGUACCUAGAAAUACCUCUGUUGCUUGAAUCUAUUGGGACACCUUCGAGUAUGUUAAAAUGUGAAAUAUUGUAACGAGUAUGCUUAUGUGUUCUGUAUUCUUUGUAUCUAAAAUGCAUGUUACACAUGGCAGACCUGUUCGACUCUUGACAAUAAAUAUUGCUGUCUGGAGCACACAUUUCUCUUAGAAAUGAUAUUUUCAUCCAUUCCUCAUCGAUUCAGUGGGACAUGUACUCUCUUAGCAUUUCAGUGUUAACAAGCAUGUUUAGCUGAUAUUCUUUUUGAAACGCGUUGUUAAACGUACACUACGUAAUUCUAUGUAGACUCUGAAUUUCACCCACCCCCUUAUGCCUGACAAACAGAGAGGCUCACUGCUCAAACCAGAGAAAGUGCUUUUGCGAAUGAAUACAUGGAGUGAGAUUUAUAUAUUAUAUUAAAAAAUAGAAGGUUAAUUUACUAAAUAGCAUUUCUGUCAGACAUCCCGAAAAAAAAAGACUGAAAAACUCCCCCCCAAAAAUGGAAAUGUCUGUCAAUGUUCCCCUAUACAUACAGUAACAGUGAUAGUGCUUAUAUUAUAUCAACCUAUCGUUCCUGUAAGUUUUCUUGUAAUUGUCCUAUUUAUAGUUAAAUACCUCUCUCAUAAUAUUCUAAAGCGCUACAGAAUCUGUUGGCGCUAUAUAAAUGGGGAUAAUAAUAUCACUAUUUGUAUUAUUUGGCUUUUUUUUUUUUUCCAGUCAGCACUAUUGUCAGACAUUAAUUCACUCAAAAAAAUUUCAGUUUGUUUUUAUUACAAUAUAUAUAUAUAUAUAUAUAUAUAUAUAUACACACACACACACACACACCAAUAUAGUGAGAUAAUUAGUGAGAAGGAAACUGGAGCCUCAGUUAUCCUUGCGCCACACAGGACUCAUACAGUCUCUUACCCGUCUGUCUCUGAUUGUCUUUGUUCUCUGUUACCUUUCAUACGUUGCGUCUCUCUCUCUCCCUGCUUCCUUUCUCCACCUUCCUGCCCUCUACUUUUUUUUUCCCCAUCAUCUCCUCAAACUUUAUGUCAUAUAUUAUCUGUUCUGUUUUGUUGUUCUCCUGCAUUAUUUGAAAAUGCAAUGUUUUCCUUUAAAUUACCUUUUCCUUCAGUAUCUUUUACAGUUAUCUCUAUGCCACCUGGCGUCGUGGCGCUGAUCCUGAAUCACUUGUUAUUGAUUUGCACCACCCUCCUCUGUCCGUCUGUAUGUUGACAGAAAAUGUACUACUUCUUAAAUUUCCAUUAUUUCCUGUAUUAUAGGGGCACCAUAACCUCUGCAGCUUAGCGCAGUUGUUAUGCUGCAAAGAUUCUUCAGGAACAAUCUCUCCAGCUAGUGUCAAAUGUUUUUGAGUAGUUUGACAAAAAGCAGCACUCUUCCCUGCUAUUGUGUUUGCCGCCCAUCUCUACCUAUGAUGGUAGUGAAUUAGUUUACUAACAUGAUAAAGGGUGUUUCAGGUAUUGGGAAUGCCCCAGGCCCUUUGCACCAUAACCACUACAAUGAACCAAAAUGAUACUCAGAGUGGCCCUUAAGAACGUGAAACAAAGGGUAACUAAAAGAGUAACCUUUUUUCUAUUUUACAAAAUGAUAAUAUUAGAAUUAGGGAAAUAUUAAAACUAAAUAAGAAAUGUACCAGUUAUGUGCAUUAUCAAAUUCCAAACUGAAUGUUAUAAUUCAAUUAUAACACUGUGACUGUGGAAAUGUCAGAGGGAUUGGGACCAUGGUCCCAUGCAGAUUUGGUGAGGUCGAUGACUUUACGGACCGAGACCUCGGUGUUCAACAUCCAUGUCUAAGACAUUUGUCCAAUUUGCAUUGUCAGGUCACUCAAAGCAGAUCAGAGCUUACCUGGAAUAUUCUCGUUUUAUUGUAGAAAGGUUUGACUCCCACCAAUAGCAGGUCAGGUAAUAAGGCAGGACGUUUGGACCUAGAAGGUCAAUGUUCAACUUGAGAAGAAUGUUCUCCUUAUCCAAGGCUAGGCUUGCACAGGACAUUGCAGUUUUGAGUCGUUGAUGUCUAACUUCAGUGUAUUCCUUUCACGUUGUAAAGAAACACUCAGUUUAGGACAGGGGUAGGCAAUGAUCAGCACUCCAGAUGUUGUGGACUACAUCUCCCACAAUGCACUUACAGGCAUAAUGCGGCAAAGCAUUAGGGGAGAUGUAGUUCACAACACCUGGAAGGUCAUCUACACCCUGUUUAGAAUAUGAACUACAUAUUAUACUAUUUCACAAGAGUCAGUGAUUCCAGGGUGACACUUCCUUACAUAAACAUUGGAGUCGCAGUUUCAAAUAAUCACAAAUAUAUAAAUAAUGAUAAUUCCAGAUAUUUCAUCUCUACUCGUAAAUAUAUGGCGCUACAUCAGCAAACGAAAAUAGAAGGUUUUCCAAUAGAGCACUAGUAGACUUACAGGUUACACGUCCAUCGUGGAAAAACAACAACCUCCUUCAACCCAACAAAAGAUUGGACUUUAGUUAUUAUUAUUAUGGUAUUUAUAUAGCGCCAUCAAAUUCCGCAGCGCUUUACAAUGGGUGGACGAACAGACAUGUAGUUGUAAGCAGACAAGUUGGACACACAGGAACAGGGGGGUUGAGGGCCCUGCUCAAAGUUAGCAAAGGUCUUAUGAAUCCAGCUUGCACGCAGCCCUGUGCUAUUGGCCGGCAUAAAAAGAGAGCAGUCUAUGCUGUGAUUGUACAUAUUUUAUUCUACAGGGACGCGGUUUGUAUCUCGGCAGCUGGCAAUGCGCUAGCUGUAUAUACCCAGGACAUACUUGAAAACGAGAGAAAUCUCAAUGUAUCCAUCCUGGUAACAUAUUUUAUUAAUAAAUAAAUAUUAGAACCAAGCUCUGCAAUGCAUUAUGGGAAAUGUAGACCAAAACAGCUGUGGAGGGGGUGCAUCAGGAUAUUGUGAUAAUUGCAGUAUCUUUGAGAGGUUUCAUGUUAGGCAUUUAUUGGAGAUGUUGACCAAACAGCAUGGGGGGCACGGGGGGGAGGGGGUCCAGGUGUAACAGGAUGUCAUAGUAACUGCCGGACCACAUUAGUGGAAUGGUAACUUUUACUAGAUCUCUACUCUAGCCGCUUAGUGGCCACAAGUUACCUAAGCCACACUAGCGGUAGAAUAGUACUAAUUAACUAGUAGCAAGUGGGCAAUCUUUAUGAUAACAGCAUAAAUAUUGCCCACUUGCUGUUAUUUAUAAAGCACCAACAUAUUCUGUAGCACAGUACAAUAACAAACUUUCAUUUUUCAAAGCUGCGAGAUUUGCAGUUUGCAAUCCCUAUAACACAGCUCCCACUAGCCUGAGCCAGCUGUGAGGAUGCCAAUGGCGAGUCUCUGAUCUAUAUUUGAAUUGACUGAUUUAACUGCAGAUACAGAAGGCAGCUAAUUCCUAUUUUGUGGCCUCUACUUGUUUCGUAUCACAGACUGUCUUGUAACGUGUUCCACAAACCAGUCUCGGUGCUAUUCAUUCUUGCUGUAGUAUCAGAAUGAUUUAACUUUUAUUGUAUAACCAAAAGCUAGUGAUGUGCUCGAUAUAUUUGCUUGCUCAAAGUACAAUGGAUUAUAAUAAAGUUCAAGAGAACUGCAUUCCGCUAUGUUUAUUCUCAGACAUUAAAAAAAAG